AGAUGUUUAGGCAAAGCCUGUGCACGUGGGACUGAUCCUCAUUUGUCCAAGAACCUCUAAACAUCAAAGAGAGGCAUACAUUUAAAGAAAGAUAAGAAUUUGAUGCCUAGUCCAAGUAGUCUGUGAUGGAAGUUUGGAAAUCCAGCCAAGCAAUGACACUGUCAACAGAACGAGGUACGGAUCGUGUCUUUGCAUGUUUGUCUCUGUGGCAUCUAACAGCGUGUCUUUUAUGAGUAGAAUCUGCAUAAAUAUAUAGUCACAAAAUGUUAGAGCUGAAAAUAAUCCUAGAAGCCAUCUUGUCCAGGCCUCACUAUUUUAGGAGUAAGUUAACUGAGGUACAGACAGCUUAGGUACAUGGCCUCAGUUGUUCUGAGUCAGAACCAGGUCGUCUAAACCUUAGUAAAAUUCAUUGUAAAAUCGUGCUGUCAUUAUUUUAACAAAUGUUAUGUGAAUGCAGGAAUACAUAUAUUUUUUGGAGACCAAGUCUCGCUCUGUCGCCCAGGCUGGAGUGCAGUGGCCUGAUCUCGGCUCACUGCAACCUCCGCCUCCCAGGUUCAAGCAAUUCUCCUGCCUCAGCUACCCAAGUAGCUGGGAUUACAGACAUGCACCACCACACUUGGCUAAUUUUUGUAUUUUUAGUAGAGACGGGUUUCACCAUGUUCGCCAGGCUGGUCGCGAGCUCCUGACCUCCAGUGAUCCCCCUGCUUCGGCCUCCCAAAGUGCUGGGAUUACAGUCCUGAGCCACUGUGCGCAGCCAAAGGAAUACAUUUACUUUCUUUUCAAAGAGAUUGAUUUAAGAGCCACUGAUUCAGUAAAAUCAUGGAAAGUCAUCUCCUUAAUUUACUUAUAUAUUAAACAAAGGAGAUUCACUCCAGGUGCCUUCUAUUAGGGGUGGUGGGAAAAGAGAGGGUUAUAAGAUCAAUUGACUAGUGUCUUUUGAAAGACUUUGAGGAAUUUGGUUCUUAAGACAUUUUGGCUAUCUUACAGAAAGUCUUAAAUGUCAGAAUUGGGUGGAAAAAAACGUAACUUUUCUCACAAUGGUUUGUUAUAUGCUCAAGGUGUAGAUAGCCUGGUAGGGAAAAUUCAGCCCACGAUUGAGAGUGAUCUCUAUGUAUGUACGUCAGUAAACUGGAUAUCAACCUAGCAGCACAAGCAGAAAUCAUCAAGAUGGAGGACCCCCAGCCUGUCCCUUGACCUCUGCUCUGUAAUCCUGCCUGCACAUUGCUCAUUUGAUUCACAGUAUACCUGACUUAUUCAAACUUCCCGGGGCUGAUGGAGCUGAGGGUGCAGCGCAUUCAGUGGCUCCAUAGGAAUGCCACCCCUUCAUUCAAAGCUCAGUUUGGACCGGGAACAGUGACUCAUGCCUGUAUGCAGGCACUUCAGAAGGCUGAGGUGGGAGGAGACCCACCAUCUCUAUAGCGAGACCCCCAUCUCUAUAAAAAUAUUUUAAAAAUUAAUCGGGCACGCUGGCACAAACCUGUACUUCCAUCUGUUUGGGAGACUGAGGCAGGAGGAUCACUUUUUCCCAGGAGUUCAUGAGUUUUCUCCCACCUGUAUUGAGCUAUGGUUGCACCACUGCACUCCAGCCUGAGUGACAGAGCAAGACCCUGACUCAAAACCAAACAAAACACAAAAUAAAGCUUGACUGGUUUUCCCAUCCCAUGGUCCACUGCCAACUCUGUCAUCUUUGGCUCUUGACUGCCUUAUACCUGGGAAUGUAGGGAGAAACUUUUGCCAACCCCUUCAAAGAUGGCUUUGACGAUCUGUUGUCAUGAAUAAAUUUUGACACCUGACAAAGGAGUGUCUAGAAUCUUCUUUCCUUUCCAAAGUGUAAGAGGUCAGAUGUAGCGCCCCUUUUGGGAUAUAAAUCGAUGUCAGCCACUGGGAACGUUUUAGAAGCCCAUUUACCACCACCUGCAACGGUGCCUCAGAUUUGGUUUCCUGUGUCACAAAGAAAAACCUGCAAAUACCUAAAAGUAAGGAUUCCAAUGAAAUGUGGGUUCCACUUCACUGUGUUUGGUGUGGGAGGCUGUGUGAGUCUAACUCUAAGAAUACCGGUAGUGGUAUCUAUCUUCAUUCUAAGAAUUGAGGGAGGUGAGGUUUGUGCAGAAUUAAAUCACCCUGUCAUAUCUGUGAGGCUUCCUGCAGAACGAAGGCAAAUCAACCCAAACAAACACAACAGGGAUGUGUCGGAAACAGUCAGGGGUGCACGUCUGGAGGUGACGAGCUGAGCCUUGAAAAGAUCCUUCGCGUGCGUGUGCGUGUGCAUGUGCGUGUGUCGUUUUGUUUGUUAUAGUUUUGGUCCAUACUACCAUAUUUACGGCAUGUUUGGUGGUUGGAAAUGUCAGGAUUUCUUGACUGAAAAAGGAAAGGAGAUAAGAGAUUCUGCCACUCACAGCACAGAAGUGGGAUGAGCCCAACUAUGGUGUACACGUGUGUUUAUGUCUGUGUGUACAUGUCUGUGUCAUCUCCAUGUGUUUCCGUGCAAGUGUCUGUGUGUCUGUGCAUAUGUAGUGUGUCUGAGUGUCUAUAUCUGUGUGUGUAUGUCUGUGUACAUGUGUCUGCAUGUAUGCCUGUGUGUGUCUCUGUGUAUGUGUGCAUGUGUUAUAUGUGUGUCUGUUUGUGUGUUGUGUGUCUCUGUGUCUAUGUGUGCAUGUGUCUGUGUGUUUCUGUGUGUGCAUGUUGUGUAGUGUGUGUAUGCCUGUGUGUGUCUCUGUGUAUGUGUGCAUGUGUUAUAUGUGUGUCUGUGUGUGUGUUGUGUGUGUCUCUGUGUCUAUGUUUCUGUGCAUGUAUCUGGGUCUCUGUGUGUGCAUGUUGUGUAGUGUGUGUAUGUCUGUGUGUGUCUCUGUAUCUGUGUGUUUGUGCAUGUCUGUGUGCAUGCUAUUUGUGUGCAUGUGUCUGUAUCUCUGUGUGUGCAUGUGUCAUGUAAUGUAUGUCUGUGUGUGUGUCUCUGUGUGCCAAGUGCAUGUCUGUGUGCAUGUUGUGUGUGUACAUGUGUCUGUGUCUCUGUGUGUGCAUGUGUUGUGUAGUGUCUGUGUCUGUGUGUCUCUGUGUCUGUGCAUGUGUCUGUGUUUCUGUUGUGCGUAUGUUGUGUAGUGUCUGUGUGUGUCUGUGUGUGUGCCUAUGUUGUGUAGUGUCUGUGUCUGUGUGUCUCUGUGUGUCUGUGCAUGUCUGUGCAUGUUGUGUGUGUGCAUGUGUCUGCGUCUCUGUGUGCGCAUGUGUUGUGUAUGUAUGUCUGUGUGUGUGUCUCUGUGUGUGCAUGUGUUGUGUAUGUAUGUCUGUGUCUGCGUCUCUGUGUGUGCAUGUGUUGUGUAGGUAUGUCUGUGUGUGUGUCUCUGUGUGUGCAUGUGUUGUGUAUGUAUGUCUGUGUGUGUGUCUGUGUGUGCAUGUGUUGUGUAUGUAUGUCUGUGUGUGUGUCUCUGUGUGCGCAUGUGUUGUGUAUGUAUGUCUGUGUGUGUCUCUGUGUGCGCAUGUGUUGUGUAUGUAUGUCUGUGUGUGUGUCUCUGUGUGUGUGCAUGUGUUGUGUAUGUAUGUCUGUGUGUGUGUCUCUGUGCACGCAUGUGUUGUGUAUGUAUGUCUGUGUGUGUGUCUGUGUGUGCAUGUGUUGUGUAUGUAUGUCUGUGUCUGCGUCUCUGUGUGUGCAUGUGUUGUGUAUGUAUGUCUGUGUGUGUCUCUGUGUGUGCAUGUGUUGUGUAUGUAUGUCUGUGUGUGUGUCUCUGUGUGUGCAUGUGUUGUGUAUGUAUGUCUGUGUGUGUGUCUCUGUGUGCGCAUGUGUUGUGUAUGUAUGUCUGUUUGUGUCUCUGUGUGCGCAUGUGUUGUGUAUGUAUGUCUGUGUGUGUGUCUCUGUGUGUGCAUGUGUUGUGUAUGUAUGUCUGUGUGUGUGUCUCUGUGUGUGCAUGUGUUGUGUAUGUAUGUCUGUGUGUGUGUCUCUGUGUGUGUGUUGUGUAUGUAUGUCUGUGUGUGUGUCUCUGUGUGUGUAUGUGUAGUGUAUGUAUGUCUGUGUGUGUGUCUCUGUGUGUGUGUGUGUUGUGUAUGUAUGUCUGUGUGUGUGUCUCUGUGUGUGUGCAUGUGUUGUGUAUGUAUGUCUGUGUGUGUGUCUCUGUGUGUGUGUAUGUGUUGUGUAUGUAUGUCUGUGUGUGUGUCUCUGUGUGUGCAUGUGUUGUGUAUGUAUGUCUGUGUGUGUGUCUCUGUGUGUGCAUGUGUUGUGUAUGAAUGUCUGUGUGUGUGUCUCUGUGUGUACAUGUGUUGUGUAUGUAUGUAUGUGUGUGUCUCUGUGUGUGCAUGUGUUGUGUAUGUAUGUCUGUGUGUGUGUCUCUGUGUGUACAUGUGUUGUGUAUGUAUGUCUGUGUGUGUGUCUCUGUGUGUGUACAGGGGCAUACCACAGUCAAUGCAAAACCAUCUUCCUUCACCCUCACGGUUCUCUCCUUCCUCAACCGGAAGCCACUCUGCUUUGUUGUGAAAACAAAUAAACUACUUUCUUACAAAAGAAAGACCAAAUAACCUGAAAAGCUCAAAUAAAAUCCACCUUAUGACACAAUAUUAAAAACAUAGAAAUUUUCAGUGGAGAAAAUCCCACACCAGGCUGAGGAAGCCAGGCCAGCUUAACUGGAGUCUCUGCUUGUUUUAUACUUCUUUUCUACUCUCCACUCCCAUCUGCCAACAAAACGAUGCUCUCUCACAGGGGAUGGAUUCACCCCUCAACAUCUGACUGACAUGCUUUUUUCAUUUGAAUUCAAAAUAUUGAAAUGAGGAUGGGAGAUUGAAUAUUGCAUCAUCUUAUACAAGCUUCCUCCCUUCUUCCUUUCUUUCCUUUUCUCCCUUCCCUGUUCUGUUCCUGUUGUGACCUUUCCCUGAUUAAACAGAUGUGGACAUGCAGAAGCCAACUGUAGGAGUGACUGACGCCUCCCAGACACUGCCCUCUGAGGUAGCUGUCACCAAAGGAUUGUCACUGAAAAUGCAAGAAGAGUUUGGCAUUUGAUUGCAUCCUGCACAAUUCAAGCAGGACAAAUUGCUGCAGAAGAUGAUAUCAGAAAUAGCCACCAGGUAGUAGGUUCUCACCACAUGACAGACACAGUGCUGCUAUAAGCUUGUGACUUGCACUGUCUGAGCCCUGCACACCUCUAGCAGGGACAAGUAUUUGCUCCAUUUUCAGACCAGGAGACAGAAGUUCAGAGAAGGUGAACCGUCUGUCAGCGGUCACACAGCUAGGAAGUGGCGGGUGGAGCUUAGCUGGAUUUGGACUCUGAAGACCACGCAUUUUGUCACGUCCACAUCUUUACACAGAUCCAAGCCCUUAGGCACACAUUAAAAUCUAUUUCCAUCCACAUGUGUUUGGCAACCACAUGUCAACAAGCCAUAACUUUCUUACCUAUUUCAGGAAGACAUUAUUUUCUUUCACCUGUGUUUAUCAUCAUCCUAUUUCUGUUUCAAGAAAUCAAAACAUGUGAAGAUAGAUUUGAAGAAGAGCUUUUUUGGCCAUUUCUGGUGGUGAGAUACAGACAGGAAGAUGGAGUUCAGGUGCUAAAAUGUUGGAAUUUCUGAUGCAUAUUCAUGGUUAGAGGGAAAGUCAAUUGCACAGUGGAAUUAAGAAAUCUGAGAAAUAUAGGAAAUCCAAGCUGAGAAAAACUCAUUAACUAUGAUGCGUCCAGUUGCAGGAAACUUCAGGUCCUUCUCUGCGCCCAGCCUUCCUGGAAGGAUUUUAUUAAAACAGUUUUUUUAAUUUUUAUCUCAUUAUUUUUAAUUGACAAAUAAAAAUUAUAUAUAGAGGCUUUUGUAUUUUAUCCCAUAUGAUAAAGGGCUGAACAGUUGUUUCUUGCUGCCAGAGUUAAGUGAGAAUAUUAACAGCAUGCAGUGUUCAGCUCUGGUUAAUUUUCAAUAGGCUCAUUUGCCUUUGAUCUUUUUAUUUCAGAGCCAAAAAAAGACCAUAUAUAGAGAGAAAUGAUCACAUUAUAGCUCCUCCUUCCAUAUGAGAAGCUCAAUCUCUACUGGUUUCUCUCCAUCGAGAAGAAGGUUUUAGUAACCAAGUGACUAAGUUACCUGGCUAAACUUCCCCUCCUUCUUCAUCAAUACCUAAUUAGUAUUGAUGCUUUUCUUGGCAAAAUCUCAUUUCAGAGCCAACACAAAUGAACUUUUUCCAUAAAUGAACCUUCGAAAGUGUGUAUUUGAGAUAUUUUUAAGCCUAAGAAAAUAGUUUUUAAGCAAGUUAUACAUUGAUUUCCUCUUACUCUGAAAUAUUUCUCAAGUGAUUUUUCCUGAAAGAUUCUUUGUGGUUCAUUGAACACAAACAACAAACCAUGUACCAGGUCUGGUAGAGGUUACAGGUGUAGGUAACUUGGCGUUUGUUCCCAAAGAGCUUAGGUCUCCAAGAGGAAAUAAGACACUUCGACAAAUAGCCAUAAGGCGAAAUAGAGAAUUGUCCAGUGCUGUAAAUUAACUGCUGAUUCCUCUGUACCUAAAAGCUGGUUAAAUUAUAGUUUUAUUGAAUGCUAACAAACUUUUAUUCCCCUCCUGCAUGGAAUGUUGAAAACCUUUUAUUUUCUCUGGGCUAUAAUUAUGGUGACCACAUUUUCCAUAGCAAAAAUUAAGACACAUCGUCUGACAAAGGAUUCUUGUGCCACUUCUAGGUGUGAGACCACCCAUACUUAGAUUUUUUUAAAAGCAGGCUUUUUUAGGCAGGCCCUAUAAAAAUAGAGGUUUGUUAAAUAGGUGUGUUUUUAGACUUUUCAUUAAAAGCCUACAAUACAAACAAUAUUUUAUUUUGUAUCUGAAUCAACAUGUUAUACCCUAAAGCACUAUUUUACAGCCUAAGGGUAUAUGUUAGUCUAUUCAUGAAAACAUACUGCUGCAUAGAGUAAUAAUACCUGCCAUUAUCUAGAUGUAAUAAAAAGGUCCCAAGUGGUCCUCUCCAGGUCUUUAAUUUUCCUUUUGAAGAUAAAGCUCCUUCUUUCACUUUCAAGGUUCAAGGUUUUUGAAGCUUGCAAGUGGUUGCCAUUGAGGUGUGCCAGAUGUGAGCAAUUGUGAGCACAGCACUUUGAAAGAAGGUGAAGGAGUGACUUUUUCUUCCUUAUUGUCUCCCACGACUCUCAUCUGUGGUUUCUACACAGGUAGCUUUUUCAAGACAGCCAAGCAUGGGAAGGGAAACCAGCCAGGGCUGCUGCAGUCCAGGCAUGGGACCUCUGAAGUGAGGAGGUAGAGGCAAAAGAGGCCAGGAUCCGUAACUUCCAGAUGAUGAAAUCAAGGCCUGCUGGACCAAGAUUCAAUGACUUUCUCAAAGCCACAGAGCUUGUUGGUGACACAGUUAGCUCUAAUCCCCAGCUCUCUGAGCCAGGGAGAUUUCUGUUCCCACUGUGAUGUUUCCUUGAUGUUCUGGGUCUCUCUGGUUGAUUUCCAUCCACUCCGAUGUUGGGUGCCCCCCCUACAUGUGACUACAUAAUUCUGGAGUUGUAAUUCUAAAAUGAUAUGUCACUGCACUAUCAUGGAAAAAUAAGCUGGAAGACCUGGAGAGGUGAUGCCUGCCACUGAUGGCUCCUCUGUAGAGGUGAUCUUGCAGGUUACCAGGACUUCCACAGGCCGGCUCUCAGAUGGAGCUAAGUUCAAGGCAAGCCUUAUAUACCAUGGUUCCUGCUCUCCUUGGUGUCACUGACCUGCUGCUGAUCCAGGAGCCCUUGGGAUCAGACUUUUCCCAUUGAUGCUUUGUUUACAGUUAAAAUAUUACAGUAUUUAGUGUGACCACUGCUCUAUUUAUUAUAUGGUUUUGCUACUUAACUAUUUUGGAACAUGGCUGCACUUAUAAGUUAUCUGCUGAUUUUUUGGGGGUUCAUAAGCAUAAUGAUUGGGUAUUCACAGUCAUACAUGAGAUGUGCCAACCUCAACCUCUAUGCUAUAACAUAUAUAUAGUAAUCAUUAUAGCAUAAUCUGCUUUCAUAACAGCCAGCUUCCUUGUUACAUCAGCACUUUACCUGCCUCAUGUGCGGUGGCUCACGCCUGUAAUCCCAGCACUGUGGGAGGCCAAGGCGGGCGGAUCACUUGAGGUCAGGAAUUCAAGACCAGCCUGGCCAACAUGGCAAAAUCCCAUCUCUACUGAAAAUACAAAAAUUAGCCAAGUGUGGUAGCAUAUGCCUGUAAUUCCAGCUACUAGGGAGGCUGAGGCAUGAGAAUUGCUUGAACCCGGUGAGGGUAGAGGUUGCUGUGAGCUGAGAUCACACCACUGCCCUCCAGUCUGGGUGACAGAGCGAGACUCCAUCUCAAAAAAAAAAGAAAGAAAAUUAUAAAAUGUAUGUAUCUCUUUCAUUAAAAACAUAUCCAAUAAUUCCACCAAGAUAUUUGACUGACCUUCACAUUAAACCUCAUUCCACUGUAACCUCCCAUUCAUUCAUUUCACUCAAUGGCUAUUUAUUGAGCAACUACCAUUUGGCAGACACUUUUCUGUUUCAGCGUCAAACAAAUAGAUAAAAAUUCCAGCCUGUUUUUUGGUUUAUAUGGGAUUGGAUGCUGCUAAUAACUGUAUCAAAAAAUAAAAACUAUUAGCUUGCCAAAAAUUUGGAUUAACAUGGGAGCAGAGAACUAAAGGAAAAGGGAACUCAACAUUUAUUGAAUGUCAGUCUCUGUCAUGUGCUGCGUUGUGUGGUUUAUCUCAGUUAAUCAUCACAGCUGCCCUGUGAAAGAUGAAUGGGAUUAUUUUUAUUUUCUACAGAUGAAGAAUCAAGAUUUAGGGAUAUAGUAUAUCUUGCUUAAGGUCAUACUAGUAAGGGAGUAAAUUAACAUCCAUCUUUUCAAUACCCUGCUAGAUGUGAUGAUAUCAUUUUAGAAAAAUACAUUUGAUAUGGGAACCAUAUAUGGUUCCCAUAUAUGGUUGAUAUAUGGACCAUCAUACUGAAACGUCAGGGCACAUUUUUGCCCACUAAUAAUAUAUAUCAAGGAAUGUCAUUCACAGAUGAAUGGAAAAGAGAAAUUUGUGUAUGUGUAUGUGUACACAUACACACACACACACACGUUACUCCACCUGAAAAGUAUUUUCAUAUGCAAUAACAUGGAUAAUUCUUGAGGACAUCAUGCUCAGUGAAAUAAAUCAGUCACAGAGGGACAAUGAUUCCACUUACAUGGGUAUCUACAGUAGACAAAUUCACAGAAGCGGAGAACACAAUGGUAGUUACCAGGGACUAGGGGAAGAAAGAAAUGGGAAGUUGCUUUUCAACAGUAAUAAAGAAUAAGCCAAUCUCAUUUAAGUGUCCAUAACACACACACACACACACACACACACACACACAUAAAUGUCACUUUAAUGAAGUCGCUUAAAACAUCAUUUGAGUUGUAGUUAAGUUUUUGUUCCCCUGAUCGUUUAUGUAGCUUUAUCUAUAUUUCUGAAUAGAGUAAUCACUCCAGUUUCGUAAACAAGCAUCUUCCAUGGAAUACCUUACCCCAGAUUAGCUAUUUGAUGACCACAGUAACAUGUGCUUCUCAGAUAACACAUGACCUCUCAUUUGGCUCAGAACUUAGUGGUUAACUUUGCUAAAAAUAGGUCUUUAAUGGUUGAGUGUGACAUUUCAUCACCGGGUGUUAUCUGGGAGUUUUUCUCUUCAUACAUGAAACAAGUAUGGCUGUAGAAUUGAUUACCCUUGUUUCCUUGAUGAAAUACGUUCAACAUUUCAAAGAUAUUGAAAAUGUUUGUGGCCAAAGUUAGUUACACAGAAGUAUGAGAUCUGUCAGCAUCUGGGGACAAAACCCUCUGUGUAUUGAAAACAUAAAAGUAGGCAGGGCAGCAUUUCUAGAGAGGAGUGAGAAGCUGGAUUAAGUCUGGAUGCUGGGGCAGGGGUGGGGGAGGAGGUCUUGCUGAUGUAGGUCUUGACCAGGUUGGUGCUGAUGCAAUGGCAGGUGCUGCAGCUGUGAUAUCCCCUGGUGAUGUCAUUCCAAGGAGCCAGCUGCCAUCAGUGCUUUCCAGACCCUGGCUUUUUGGGGGAGGGGCACCAAAAGAUACAGGAGUAGAUGUGCACCCCAGGAGAUCUUCUGCCAUCUUGUUGGCCAUCUCUCCAGUUUGGGGUCUUGGCAGAAGAAUUGUGUGAGCCAUGCUUUUUAGCUUGUCUUAUCACCCCAAGUACUUCCCGUCAUCCUAGAAUAAUAGCCAGGCUCUUGAUCUGACUUCCAGAAUCUGACACUGGCUUCACGCUGAUUCUCCAGCCUCAGCUCUCACCAGCUGCACACUCUCCCAUUGCUCGGGGGCCACUCAAACUGACUUUCUGAUCCCCCAAACACAUCAGGGUGCUCCCUCUUUGGGGUCUUCCACUAUUUGUGACUUCUGCCUGCAUUGUACUGCCCCUAACUUUCCCACUGUUGGCUCCUUCUUGCCUUUCAAAUCUCAAACGUCACUUCCUUAGGCUUCCUGGAACACCCAGUCAUUCCCUCUCCUAUCGUUCCAUUUUAAUUCUCUGAAUAUUUUUAUACAGUCAACGCUGUGCUUGUUUAUUCUUUCAGAUCCAUGAAAGCAGGGACCAUGACUGCCGUAGUUCCGACAAGGCUCCCAAGCCCUAGGCAAGCACCCUGCACAUGGUAGUUCAAUGAGUGGUUGUCAGAUGAAGGAAGGAGGCACUCAGGCUCUAGGUGAUUUAAAUGUAACAAACGUAUUUGUAGGUUAUGUUUUAAUAAUGCAAAAGAAAUGAAGACCAGGUCCAUUUUCUUUUUUAAUUUCAUAUAUCAGCCUCAACAUUUAGCUAUUUCUUAUUGGUCAGAGAUUAACUAAUCACAUACAACAGGCUGUCCUAAGGGGAUUCAAAUGCACUGCUCUUUUCAAUGAUUUGCAAAUGCACCGACCUAAAACCUCGUCUCUGGCACAGAUUUCAGAAUCUCCACUUAACACAUCAGAAACCUUUAGGGCUUAUCCUGAACUCCAAGGCUGGCUUAACUUCUGCAGUAAGCAGCUGCUUAUGCAUGGAUGCCCACAUUGAGUGAUUUCACCAGAAACCCCCCUCAGCUACUUAAAUAAACUAGGAUAUAUUUCAUACUCACAAAGUGUUUUUUCAUAUGAGUAGGCUAGUGACACUAUUGAAUACAAAUGACUUGUUUUUCAAUAUACUGGAAACUCACAGAAUUUUUUCUGCCUCAAAAGUGGAAUUCAGUUGAAGAUGAGUCUGUCCUUAGAAGACUCUUAUUGCAAUAACAAUAAAAUAAAUACUACAAUAACAUUAAAUACUAUAAUAAAAUAAAUGCUACAAUUUUAUUUUAUAGUAAAAAUAAGUAAAAUAAAGACUUUUCAAGAAACAAUAGAUGCUGGUGAGGCUAUGGAGAAAUAGGAAUGCUUUUACACUAUUGGUGGGAGUAUAAAUUAGUUCAACAAUUGUGGAAGACGGUAUGAUGAUUCCUCAGAGAUCUAGAACCAGAAAUACCAUUUGACCCAGCAAUCCCAUUACUGGGUAUAUACCCAAAGGAAUAUAAGUCAUGCACAUGUAUGUUUAUUGCAGUACUAUUCACAAUAGCAAAGACAUGGAACUAACACAAAUGCCCAUCAAUGAUAGACUGGAUAAAGAAAAUGUGGUACAUGUAUACCAUGGAAUACUAUGCAGCCAUGAAAAGGAACAAGAUCAUGUCCUUUGCAGGGAGAUAGGUGAAGCUGGAAACCAUCAUCCUCAACAAACUAACACAGGGACAGAAAAACCAAACACUGCAUGUUCUCACUCAUAAGUGGGACCUGAACAAUGAAACACGUGGACACAGGGAGGGGAACAACACACUGGGGCCUGCUGGGGGUGGGCAAGGGGGGGUGGAGCAUUAGGACAAUAAUUAAAGCAUGCAGGGCUUAACACCUAGGUGAUGGGUUGAUAGGUGCAGCAAACCACCACGACACACGUUGACCUGUGUAAUAGAUCUGCACAUUCUGCACAUGUAUCCCAGGGCUUAAAGUAAAAUUUUUAAAAAUAAAUAAAAUAAAAUAAAGACUUCUACUUACUGGGAUAGCCCCACUGUUUCUAGGGUUGAGAACCAUCUCCAGUAGCUUGAACUUCAGAAGGAAAGGAGAAAGGAGAAUUCCCUUGCAGGGAGCAUGGGGUGAGUGGCAGUUGUGUUCCUGCCAUCUGGAAGUGAAACGUGGACUUUAAAUAUUGACGUAUGUCUCACAAUACUAUUGGUGUCCACAGCUUCUGAUACUUCAUAGGACAUCCCUUUGUACUUGGGAUCUAACCUUAUUAAUUUAGAGAAAAUAUGUAGAUCGAGUUUCAGAAACCUGACCUUAGAAAAGAUUUUUUAAAUAAGUAAUGGGCUGUCAUUUGUAUUGGCAGGUCACACAGAAUGUCCUGUGGCACAGAAGGUUUUUUGUAAAGCUCUGCGUUGCAAGCCAGUUCUUUAUUUGCUCUCAUCUCAGGGUACUGAUUGCUAAUUUGGAGAUGAUUAUUUAGGGUGGAUUCAACAGUCAUACAUGGGAUAUUUUUUAGGGAGAAUGAUGGGAAAUUAUGCUUUUUCACAUUUUUUUGAUCCUGGAAGUGGGGGCAUCUGUUCUUUUGCUCAGUGUGACAGUGAGAGUGAAGUGAAGAAAAGGAUUCUGCUGAAAUCAGGGCGAGGAAUAUGGUAAAUCCCAGUUUAUCUCAAGUGCGGUAAAACCCCAGGCAGCUAGAAGAGUGAGGUAUUUGGUCAGUUCAACAUUCCGUUUAAUCUAGAAGUCACCAAUAGGCCACUUCUCCGCGACAGAUUUUUAUAGAAUUCAAAUACAACAAAGUAGACUUGACACCCUGACUAUACUAAACACAUAUUUAUCUCUGCUAAUGACUUAGAAGACACUUAAAGAUCUCACCAAGCCUCAGAGUCACAAGAAGAAAAUCAGUUACCUCAGAAAUGGCUGUUAGUAGGGAUUUCUGGCUGAUAGUGGGAGUGUUUUUGCUGAUUGAAAGAAGCACUUCACUGGGUGCAGUGGGUGGGGGUUGGGACACCAGUUCUUGUUUUUCCAGGUAUAAUUCAGCAAUCUGGGUGGCUUCCUUAGAAACACAUAGGCCAUAAAAUGAGAUAAUGUAUGAAAAGCCCCUAGUGCUGAGCCUAACACAGAAAAACACUCAGUACAUGCGAGAUGACGUGACCACGUUUAUCUGUGAAUUGGUUUGGUUUACUUUUGCUUUUUUCUUUUAGGGGUGUGGGAGCUCUUCCUACACAGCUAAGGGUCCCUCAACUAGAGAAACGUGAUAUACCUAACGUAGGACAAGCAGGAACGUUUUGACCUCCAGCGUUGUUUAUGUUUUUAAACUAAGCAACCACAGAGGAUAACUAAAGGAACUAUCAUGAAUUAUGGCUGAAUUCUGAACGGUGACCCUUUCAAUCAGUUACUAGGAUGACUGGAUUGUACCUUCUCCUCUGGGGCAAGCCUAGAAAGAGAGAGUUAGGAGAAACAAGUGUAAAACAGCCUAGAUUGUUUUUCUUUUUCUUUUUUUUAUAUAUGCUGUUAAUGAGAGGGUAAGUUUUUGUAGAGUUCUUGGAGAGCACUUUGACCUUAAUUUUGAAAAUGCUAAGUUUACAUAGCCUUUGACUGGGUGAUUUCACUUCUACAAGUCUUUUCUAUAUAUGUGUAAGGACAUCUGUUAAAGCAUUACGUAUUUUAAUUUUGCAGCAGAAAGAAACUUGGGGGAAAAAAGAAAUGUCUAUGUAGCGGACUGGCUAAAUUUGUAAACAGAUAUUAUGAAAUAAAAUGCUACUUUUAAGAAAGGUGAUGGACAUGUAUGAACUCACAUGUCAAAAUGUCUGUAAUCUAUUGUAGAGGGAAAAAGCGGAAGUCUUUAUGGAUAAUAUGAUUUUAUUGAUGAGAAAAAUAUUAGAUAUACAUACAAAUCCAUGUAUCUUUAUAGCAUUUUCUGGAAGGAUAUAUAAUAUACUAUUCAGCUAAUAUAUAAUUUAAGGAUUAUGAGUAUUAUAAAUUGAAAUGAAUAAUUAUUACAGAUUAAUACACAUUAAGAUUUGUUGAUAUAUACAUAAAAUUUAUGGUAAAAUGAAUAUAAAUUAUUUAAAAAUUUGCUUUCUUACAUUUCUUAAAUAUCUUCUAGUUUACGUUCUACUUGGCUUAUUCCAACUUUUAUCUCUGUAUCAUUAAACUCCAGUUCAGUUUAAGGUCAUUCAUAAUUUCCAAACUGGUGGUUUUACUGUUUCUUAGGUAGUGUUGAAGAUCAUGGUGAUAGCACUGGUCAUCCGUUUGAACCCCUAUGAUGUACUAACACAUGUAUUUAUAUUUCCUCUAAACCUCACAAAACUGUGAAAGAUGAUGAGGAAGCAGACGAUCUGCCAUCUUAAGGCACUUGCUAAAGUCAUGCAGCCAGCAAGUAAGUUUCAGAGCUAGCACUGAAACUCAGGUCUAACUGCAAAGACCGUACUGUUUCCACAUGUCAUUCUGCCUUAGACACGGUGCUGGUGAAUUCGUUUUUCAGAAAGUCUCUUUGUGGGUAGGACAGAUAGUUGUUUAAAAAGAGACAGAAAGCGUGCUUCGGGUGGUUAUGGCUGGGUAGCAUUUUCCACUCCCCAUUGUUACUAAUUAUUCUGUGUCUCCCAUUUGUCUUAACUUUGAUUGUAUACUUAAAAAGUUUAUGGAAACUUCCCAAGCCCAUUUGAUUCUGCUGAUAUUUCCAUGGUCGGAACGCCAACCCUAUGGCGGGCGCCAAGUAGAGCAGGCCAUCUGAAGACUGCUCCAACUUUCAGGACUGGGCCUGGCUCAGAUGUGAAUGCCAUACCACUAUUUAUUUUCAUGAGAUAAAGAGCAAAGAAAAAUAAAAAAGCAAAAUCUGCAUUUGAAAACAUUCAAGUAACGUAAUCCAUAUUAGUCAAACUAAUUGUAAGGCUGGCCUGGUUUCGAUUUUAGAGAUUUCUGCAGCUCCAGAGUACCCUCAGGGUGGCCUUGUAGAAGUCUCAACAACAAUAAUAGGAAGAUUCUUCCAAGCCUCUGUCUCCCUUUCUUGGUUUUCUGACACGGCUCACCUGUUCUUUAUUCAGCUAUUUACUGGGACAUGGUCUUUAUCUGAAGUUUUUCGUGUUAUUUUUCAACCCAUUAGGAUAAGUGGGGUGGGUGUAGGGGGCUGUGCCCACAAAACAGACAUCCAACCCAGUUUUAAGAAAGACUUUUUAGAGGAAACGAUAGCUAUGUGGAGUCCUGAAAGAGAAAUCUUAGAGGUAGAGGUGCCCACUUACCUAGAUAGAGCAUGUGCAGAAGGCAGAGAUGAAAGAGCACACAGUACAUCUACACAACGGUGAGUCCCCAAGCAUCUGACCUCUCUGAAUGAGGAUAUUGACUACAGGUCAGUUAGGUGACCUUGCUAAAGGCUCAUCAUAUCAGGAUCCCCAGGGUACAGAAACACUCCCAGAAUAAAUGGCUCUGUUACUAAACAUUCCCCCUGUAACACCAUUGUUGAAAUGGUGGGUAUUUGGGUAUCUGUGACUCUUAAAUCUCUCUCAUAUCUGGCCAUACCUGUGUCAGCCUCCUAAAGUCACGCUGGCAGAUGACACACCAGGGCAAGAUGAAAACUGUAGGUACUCACGUAGAAUGAAAUGAUAACUUCCUGUUCUAAAAAGGGACUGUUGGUGUAAUAUCCUUUUUGCAAAAGCAGGGAAUAGCUUAAGGUUGGAGUUUCUGUUUUCAAUAAUGAAGAUGGAUAUUCACAUGAGAAGAAGACAAAACAGAACGCCCCAGCCGUGGGCUAAGCAGUUGGCUAUUUUUAUUCGUCAGGACAAAAACAUCAAAUGACAGUUCUUUCUUUGUUUCUCUUUAUGCAUUAGUACUAAAGCAUGCUACUAAAUCUUACGUUCUAUGAACUCCUGACAGUGUAUAAACGUGGGUUUCCAGUUUCUAUACACCACGGUCAGAGAUUUCCGUAUGUCCUCCAGCUAGUCAAGAAAACCUUUGCUUGGAGUUCUUCUCUUUACUAACUGUUGCAUCAUCCAAAUGCAUUUUCUGCCUGUGAAAACUGAAAAGGUGAAGACCAAAUUUGGAAAUUCACGUGUGCCAAUGCAGAUACCACCAUGAACAAAAGAAAAAUAUAUGUAUUGGACUUUGGAAAGUAAAAUCACAGAUCUAUUCUGGAUCAAGGUCAGCCAUAAAUGGAAUUGUAAAGAAAGGCCAGAAAAUAGUGUAUGGUUCAUACUUAAGAAGAAGAAUGGUGGCAUCAUAUACAAAAGGAACUGAGCCAACAGAUGAACAGAAUGCUAUGGUUUUUAUUGUUAGCAAAAACUUCCACUAAUUAUAAAUUAAAGGCAGCCAGUAAUACCCAUAGAUUAAAAAGCUAGUUGAAAACUGAGAUUCCUGUAGUAAAUAUUAAGCAUUGUGUGAUACAUUAGUCACAUGUGUAUAAUAAGGACAAUAAAUCCACGUAAGUACAGCAAUGAUGAAAUGUGUAUAAAGCAGUUUGAACUCCACAGAAGUAAGCAAAGUAUAAAUAGAGAGCAUGCUCAGGCGCAGAGAAAAGCAAGUGCUAUUUUAGCGCUUGGGUUAGUGAUAAUUUAUUGUUCAGGCUCUCCAGUUGAGUCAAUGUUUAUACGGUGCUGUAUAUUAACUGAAACCAAAAUAGUCUGUGCACAUCACUGUCUUGAAUAGAUUACUGAGUGAUCAGCAGACACCGUAUCAAACAACCACUCCCCUGCGAACGAGGGAUUUAUAAUAUUUAAAAUAUUCAUCCUCAAGCUCCAAGCUGUUUUGACAAUUUUGUCUGUUAAUAAAUAUUCUUCAGAGAGAGGCAAUCUGGGCAUAUGUAAUGGAAAAAGACUGUAAAGUGGCUUACACUCCAAACUCAGGACCUGGAUUGCCUGGGUUCAAGUCCUGGUUCUGUUACUUAUUAGCUGGGUUGAUUUUGGGCAAGUUACUUAACCUUUCUGUGCCUUAGUUUCCUCAUUAGUAAAGUGGGGUUAAGGAGAGUACCUACCCGUAGGGUGGUGAGGCAGAAAGAAUUAAUGCAAAUGAAAGAGUUAGAAGAAUGCCUGCCACAGAGUGAGGGUUAAUUAACUACCUAAACUCUGCCACAGACCAGCAGAAUGACUUCAGACAAGUUACUUAACCUUGACCUUUGGUUUCUUCUUUUAAGAUGCAAAGGAUAACAAACAUCUCACAGUGUGACUGUGAGAAUCAAAUGAGAUACCGUGUGGAAAGCAACCAGCCCUGGAGGAAGCACUGAAGAUUUUCUUCUUUGUGGCUCUUCUCAUCCUUUCCCUUGCAGGGAUACUUUUCAGGACUUUUUUUUUUAGCAUCUCUGAGCGUCAAACACUUCACUCCUAGCCCACUCACCCAGCCUUGCCCAUACCUUGUGAAAUCACAAACAGUCAGACAUCGGAACCCAGUGAUUUGACUUGAAGACCUGUCCUUUCAUCACGACACUGCUUUCCCAUAGAAAUACUUCCUUCAGAAAGCCUUUCAGAUUAACCCAUUUCUGGCCUACUCACGUCUUGAUUGGUGUAGGCUAUAUUUUCAUUUGUGAUGCUGAAUAUGUUUGACCAUUUCAUGUAUAUGUUAUGUCUCCCCAGCCAAAGCAGCUCUCAUAACUCCCCCUGGUUAGCCUUUCUUGCCUGGCUUUUGGUCUGAUUAGAUUAGAGUUGCGCAGGGCCAGAGGAUUCAGCAGGCGAUGAUCAGCUGUGAAACUGGCAGUGUCACUAAGGAGUGCAACCAAGAUGGUCAGUGCUUCUGGGACAACAUUGAUCAUGCUCAGACAUCCAGACUCUGAAAAACUCGGGUGGUUUCUGGGUCUAGAGUCUACAUUCAAGAAGAAGGGUAGAAACUCAAGAAGUGGCUGUGGAAGACUUUCAGCAACCUACUGGAGGUGUCACCAGGGAAGACUAGAGUAUGAUCCUCAAGGUGCCUUCAAGGAUGGCAUUACUUGCUGAAUUCAACCGUUUGGAGACUUCAACAGUUUGCAGAAAUCUUCGAAUAUUUCAGGAAGCCUCUGCUUCCAUUCUGCUCUCCCCUGAUGGGCUACAGUCUGUCUUAUAGCAGGAAUCCUUUUGCAGUGAGUUGCGCUUAUCUUCAGGCAAAUGCCCCAGGUAGGGACAUGAGGUUUUAUUUACGGUCUGCAAAAUUUCCUUAAAGAGAAUGCUGCAAAGCAGAGCUCUGUGGACUUCCUCCUGGCGUGCCUGGAGACCCUCACACGCCAGAGGGUCUGACUGCCUCUCUUAGGGACUGACUGCCAUUAAAAGCCAACUGUCCAGGUGUUCAAACAAGAAUGCCAGUGUACUCAUCUGUAAUGAGAACGUUUCGGACGGAUAUUCAUGCUUGCCUGGCCAGCCCAUGCUCUCUGCAGGCACGUUUUCCUAGGAAGCCAGAUGUGCUACAGAAGCAGCUUGGUGAGCACAGAAUCCAAACACAGGGAGUUAGAAGAGUGGGUUGGUGUCAAGCUGAGGCCACACACGCAUUCGCAAGGUCUCCUCAGGUAGCGGUCAAGGCUCCCUUUCCGUGGCCGAGGCCAGCAUUGGCCUCUCAACCAGCAGCCGAUGACUAGCUGCUCUGAUUAGCAUCUCUGUCUCCUGCAUGUACUCAGUUGAGUUGUAAUCACACGUUUCAGGAUUGGAACCAUCCUGCUUCUUUGCGGGGCCUUUGUCUCUUCUGCUCUGUCAUGCAUCUGUGCCGCUGUAGUCCUAGGGAUGGGAAGUUUGAGAGCAGAGCCCCAUCCAGGCUCCUUCCACAGCGCAAUGGAGGAGUGCCACCUUGGGUUACGCUCAGAGAAGGGCGGUGGGAGAGGACUGCGGUUACUCUUGCUAACGUACAUUAUACUGUUUAAUGUACACAAGAGACAGGAAAAAGAAAAGAGCAAAAGAAUUCUCUCCAGGCAAAUGUUUACUAUGGAAACUGCAUGAUUACAGAUGUCCAUAGACAGUUCUCAGACACACGGGUUCAAGCCCCCCACCCCGCCCCUGUGCAGAAGGCGAUGGUGUGAGUUUCCUUUCUUCUGAACUCCUGCCACACAUGGAAGGAUUCCAUCGCCACCCCUUGUCUUCAGUCGCCUUUUUCAGAAUUGGUUUACUUCUUGUUGUCUUUAAAUUUUCUCUCGUCUAGAGGCUGCUUUGGCUCUCUGAGGUACCCAUGGGCACAGCUGAGCUGAUGGCCAAGCGUGGGGGCCUCAUCUGCAGCUGUCUCUCCUGAGGAACAGCUGUCCCAUGCCCAGGGAGAGAGCAAGGCCUGUGUCCCAAACAGCUCUGUGCCCCACCUCAUCCUCUUCACCAUAAUAGAAGCCUCCUGUGAUGUGAGCCUCAGCACCAACUCCUGGGGCGGGGGGCAUCUUCCUCAUCUGGGGCAGUGGAGGAGCAGACACCUGCCCUCUUCCUUCUCUCCCUCGCUGCUGGCUCACAGCCAAGGGGGAGGUGUCCAGAGGGGUCAUUUCCUGCCCCCUCUGGUGGCUUGGGCUCCAGGAACUGUUGUUACCCUUCUGCAUGCUCAUCUCUGGCUUGAUCUUACUCUCAGUGGAAGGUUUUGUUUUUGUUUUCCUUCCCCAGCACUUCCUUGUCCAGAGCAAGGGGUGGGUCUGAGCCCCACCAUCAGUGUGACAUGCAUUUGUUCAUUUGUGCAUUGACAGAGAUUCAUCAGUGACCUAUGCAUACCCAGCUCAGUGCUGAGUGCUCCAGGCAGUACCGUGACUUCAACUGUUUGCAGAAACCUUCAAAUAUUUCAGGAAGCCUCUGCUUCCAUCCUGCUCUCCCCUGAUGGGUUACAGUCUGUUUUACAGCAGGAAUCCUUUUGCAAUGAGUUGCUCUUAUCUUCAGGCAAAUACCCCAGGUAGGGACAUGAGGUUUUAUUUACCAUCUGCAAAAUUUCCUUAAAGAGAAUGCUGCAGAGCAGAGCUCUAUGCAAAAUGUUUUGUCCUACAUGUGGUACGCAUGUUUGUGUGUAAUAAAACUGCAGAGUUGAUUUGCGGAAUGGGCCAAUGAAGCCUGUUUUAUGGUCUAAUUUAUGGCAGGAGAAUGGAGUUAGCACAGCCACCCCUUGUUUCUGGCUGUUUACUAUGCAGGGUGGCUGGAGUAGCUGCUCUCUCUUCUUCCUGUUACCCACCCCAUGGACAUCCCCUGGUCUCAAGGGAGCAGCAUGUGAUGUUCCACAGUCCCUCCUCUGCAGAGGCAAGCCGAGGAUGCACUGUGUCCAUCAGGUGUUAGGAGCCUCGCUCCACAUGCUCAGCUGGCGGUAGCUCUGUGUUUGCUCAGCACACAUGUGGCUGGACUGGCACUGGGGCCACCUGGUGCUUCUUCAUGGGGCUCUAUUUCAAACCAUGGGCUGCUGGUCAGACCCUCUCAAGCCUGAGCGUGUCCAGGUGAAUCUCCUGAUUCUGCAGGCUGUGGCUGACAGGCCUAGAUAGGGAAUUGCUUCAACCUUGGCUGUGCACUAGAACCGCCUGGAGUAUUUAAAAAUCCUGGUGUCCCAGUCACACCUGAAACCAAUUCUGCCAUACUCCCUAGGGGUGAGAUCCAGCGCUCUCCAAGUGAUUUCACCGAACUGGCAAGACCGGGAAAGGAGAAGGGAGGAAGGAGGAAGCCAGAGCAAGAUAAGGGGAGAAGAAUGGAACUGGGGAGAAGGAAGAAAUGAAGGGCUGGCCAGAGGUGGUGAAGUGAGGCAGUGCCCCCAGCAGGUGCCUGGAGAUCCCCAGCAAAAGGAUGAUGUGUCUGCCCCAUCCCUGGCCCUGGACUUGGACGUGAGGAACCCAGAGAGCAUCAGAAGAGGAGGCAGGGCUCCUUCUGUGGAGUCUGAAUGUGGCUGCACUUUCCAUCACGAACUGCUUCCUAGCUGUGGAUUUCCAGAUUCAGAGUUCACUGGAACAUCUCUGAGCUUCUGUGUCUUCAUUCGCAAAACUGGGAUGUCAAAUGCUGCUUGCAGGUUGUCAUGUGGAUUUGAUAGGAUGAUGGUGAAGUUGGGCACAUGUCAGCAUUCUGCAAGGGAAGCUUAAUGACGAUAGACCUUGGAAGAAAGGCACAACUAUUUCAAUAAGAUGUCACCACCCCUUCCCAUCGCUGAGUUCUCUCCGCUGUGCUGAAAGGCAGUGGUUCUGAAAUGUUGUUUUAGGUUAGCUAAUAAGAAACACAGAGCACUGGGUUUACUGGUGGGCCCAGGCAUCUGCAUUUGCCCCCAAGCUCCCCGGGUGAUUCUCACAGCCAAUGCUUGGGAUCCUCUCUACAGAUGAGGACCUGGAAGGGCCAAAUGGUGUGGUGGGAUCGCAAAGCUGAAAGAGAGAGAGAGAGAGAGAGAGAGAGAGAGAGAGAGAGAGAGAGAGAGAGAGAGAGAUUGAUUGAUUGAUUCUGUGCCGCUCGUGGAGCUGUACUACCUUCUAGAGCUUGUUGUGGACCUCCUAGUUUCUCUUUCUAAUGAUUUCAGUGACUGUCCCACCCUGACAUAGAAAAGAGGGGUAUGUGAGGCGUGUCGGGGCCAGCAGCCACGGGGGUAAUUUUGGCUAGGUUCCACCUGUCAUUUACAAGUCAAACUGAGAUGAGCUCUAAAACUGGCAUCCUCCAAAUUAGUAACCUCCAGCCAAACAAGGAGAAAAUGCUUUUUCAUUUCUGGUGGCAGAGGUAAAAAUGACUGGUCUCUCUUGCAUGUUGCACUUGCUUGUCCCAGAAACUUUAUGUCUGGGGCCUCCAUCAUCAGCCAUGAGCGCGCAUAGUGAAACAAAGCACCUUCUCCAUGUUCGUAUUUGUUUUUAAAGGCAUGAAAAGCCCCUUGGAUCACAAUGGUUCAAAGGGUCUGCACACUGACACGUUUCCACUGGGCAUUGUGAGAAUGUUGGUCCAUGGGACCCUUGGUGGAUUUACUGCUUAUUGUUUCUGUUGUAACUAUAAUAGGAAAAAGGAUGUGUCUGCCCAUAGGAACAGCUACCGUAGGAGCCCUGUGAGGAAGGCCCGGGAGCCGGAGGGCCAAGGGACCUUGAUGAUGGAGGCUUGAGAGCCCAUCAUUAGCAGGGGGUCUAGGAGCAUUGGCUGGAGACCCCCAUCCUACAAUGCAGCUUCAGUGCCCCCUGCUUCUCCGAGGCAGAGUUCUCACCAAUGGCAGGACUCAGCUGACUGGCAGUGAAGCAUUCACGUUGCCGUGGUCAGCCUGGGAAAGUGGAAAACGCCAUGGAGAUUAAGCCUGGGGUGGGGCGGCAGACAGCCCCUGCCUCCCCCUUCUCUCUCCAGGGGAAGCAGUGCUGCCCAGCAGACCCUAUAGAGCCAGGGAGCUGGAGCAAGCCGUUUGUUUUCCAUUUCACAAAGGAGGAGAAGGGAUUCCUGCUGCAGUUUUUGCUGAAGAACAAGACGUCCUAGCAACACAAAGAGCUUCUGCUUUAACAAAGGAUUUUAAUAUCUGCCUUCCCUGCUCUUUCCCAUUUGGCUAGGGAGCUGGUGUCUGAUUCAGAAAAGCAACAUUACUACAUAGGACAUCGAUCUUCAUAUCGCUAAAACUCAUUUUCCAUAACCCGUCAGGGGCUAAUAAAAUGCCAGCUAGGGAUCUGUGGCAGAUUUGGAAGGGAGAAGAAGGGAGGAAAAGGAAAGGGAAGAAGGGAUGAUGCUGAAAUGUAAGGGUUUCCUAAUCAGGUGAAGCACAGUGCUUAACGGAUACAUUGCAUAGAUGGCCGUGUGCUUUUGUAACUAGGGGCUCUGAGGUCUUUCAUGAAUGAAGGGAUGGAUAUAAGACAUUCAUCACAAUACUGCAGAAGUCUCAUUGAGUGAGAAAAGAGAAAGCUAAGUGAAUGAUCAAUCAGAGAAUAAGGACACUUACAACAGUAAUGAAAUGGAGCAUCUGUUGAGCUACACUGCAUUCUAAACACUGUAAUACCUGGCAACUCAUUUCAUCUUCAUGAGAGCUCUAACCAGUGAGUCAGGUACCAUUAUCAUCCCCACCAUAGGAAUGAAGGUGAGAUGACUUGAUCAGAAACUCUUGACUUAAAUCAGUGUGAGUGUCCAUCCAGGGACCACUGGUAAAAUUCAGGCUGGGUAAAGAUCAACUCCUUUGCUGAGACAUGCUCCCUCCCACAGGUGGAGUUUGGAACCUUCGCCUCCUGACCUGCCUUCCACAUCCCAAUAUAGGGCUUUCUAGGAAUCAAGCCUAUGGGAUUAGAACUCCUUUGGUAUCUCCAUCUUUCCUCACCUUUACAAAUAGCAGCAGGAGAAACAUGGGAAGGGGCUCUUGUGUAUUAUAGCAGGCACAGACAGUUCCAAAUAUUUGGGAUGAGAUGAAAGCCCCAGGGGCUCUGGAGGGACCCAGCAUGGCCUUUUAGAGAGCUGGAAUGGACAAUGUGUCUGAGAAUCUGGCGAAGCUGCCAGUCGGAGCAGCUUUCUUGCAGCCUGUCCUCUUUUCUGCCCAUGCCUAGAAAACACCUUUUCUUUUCUCUUCCUUCCACUCCAGCAGCUUUGCUGAGCACAUUCCCAGCUCACAGGAAAUGUUCAGGGGUGGGUGGACCAUUCAUUCCCACUCUCCAUUGCAGAAUCUUUGUGAGUUAAGGGCGGGAAAGUAGGUAAAAACAGCCACUGGGCACCCAUGCUGUGCUUCAGGAAGUCUGCUCCAAGAUUCCCAAGCAGGCCCAAGAAUGGAAGCAGAGAACAAGCCAGAAAUAUCCUUGCUGCCUUAUUUCAUUAUUAUUUUUUAGAUUGCAUGUUGGUGCUUUUCCAUGAAUUUUAAUUGAGUCAAGUCCCAUGACUUUUGUGAUCCCCAAAUCCUCCAUAAACUCGCUGCAACUGACUUUUCUUUUUUGCCUUGAACCCCUUUCCCUUCCCUGCCUGGGAACCUGCCCUUUAAAUUGGACAUGGCUGGGAUUUUAAUCGCUCCUCAAAGGCGCAGUGACAAUUUCACAACAAAGCAGGGAGGCUGGGGGUGGGAAGGGGAGGGAGUUUUGUUUUCUGCUCCUAUUAAGAGAGCAACUGUUCUCUGUUUGUCCCCUGGGGCCCACUCUUGGCACCAGACUGGGGAGACCUCAAACUUGGUGUUGCAACAUCCAUCAGACCCAAGUGAGUCUGGGGCUCCUCAAAGGUGAACUGCAGCUGUUUGGAUAAAAUUCUAAAAUCUUGUUUGGGAGAUUCUCAGCCCUUGUUUUACAAUCGUUCUUCCUGGCAAAGAAACCAGGAAGUUUUACUUUCCCAGGAUCUCAGGCAGGUAAUUGUUUUCCCAAACUGUAUUUUAAUCCGAUGGAAAUGGACAUUCUUUGCUCUGAGAGCCUUCGCCCACAUCCAUAAACCGUUGGUAUCCGACUUGCCCAUGGGAGGGAGGCUCGAUUACAGAGGGCCCCGCCCUCCCCUGAGACACGUUUCCAUCUCUGGUUAUAAUUUGGGGCCAUUUUCAUUUCUAAACAACAGUUAGGAGCCUUUUAGUCUCUUGGCAUUUCGGAGUGCUAUCCUGCUCAGCGGCGGACCACGUCCAGGUGGUGGGUGAUCUCCCGAGGAUGGGAAUUGGCAAAAUCUCUUACGUGGUGUCAUUUUUAAGUAAAUUAGCAUAAACAGUGAUGCGCUGGUAGUUUCUGCCAUAACCAAUGUUUUCAUGGACCCCAGGCUUCGACUGAUUUAUCAUGAGGCCUCUUGCUCAAGGGACUUGGCUCCCAACAGGAACUCCAGAGGCCCUGAGUCUGGGCCCUGAGCUCACACUGGGACUGCGAGCUUAGGGAAGUGGCUGCCCCAAUCCUCUCUGGAGGUGCACACCUGCACCCAUGCAGGAUGGCCUGGCGGGGCUCUUCUUGGGAGGAGGGGGCUGAGUUAAUUCUCUACCCCUGCACUUCCUGAAGAUGCAGAGUGCGCUAGGCAGAGGCAGAUUCAGCCCUCCCCAGUGAAUUCCAUGACUGCAAACAGAGUCAGCUUGGAAGCUUCAGGCGGGGUCCUACCCCCUCUCUCGGCCCCUUCUUUUUGGGGUCCGUUUCUUAACCCAUCACUAAAAUUGUAAAAGCCAAAACAUUUCAGGGGGAAUGUCCAAUUUGCCAGCAUAACUUUGUUACUCAUCAACAAAGACUGAUCUGUCACACCUUGUGCUAGGUGCCUCAAUACCGGAGAAGGAGCCCUUUUAAAAUGUGAGCAAAGACUCCAGUUGUCUAAACACGCCAGGGUCAGGCAAUGGGGAUGCGUGUUGUGAGGAUGCUGGGAGUUGGCUGAAGUUGGAAAGCUCACAGCGGGUGUUCAGAGAACCGCAAAAGGGCCUCCUGGGAUAUUAGCACGUGAGGAACCUGCCCCCGCAUCAGAGGUCCUGGGUCAGGCCUGGAUUUUUAAGUGUCCUUUGUGCUACUCCUCAUUUUGUAGAGAGGCAUCCAUGGUAGAGGUGAAUUUUGGAAAAUAUGCAGAGGUAUGGCUGCAUAGCAAGCCCUUUCCCUGUCCUCAGGAAAAGCACAGGUACCUCCUGUCAGAGGGGCCUCAGCAAUCGACUAAAGACUGUUUUUUUAAAUUUAUUUUUUACUUUUGAAAAAUGUUGGCAGGGCACGGUGACUCACGCCUACUGAAGUAAGCAAAUCCCUUGAGCCCAGGAGUUCGAGACCAGCCUGAUCAACAUGGCAAAACCCCCUCUCUACCCAAAAUAGAAAAAUUACCUGGGCAUGGGGUGUGCACCUGUGGUCCCAGCUGCUCAGAAGGCGGAUGUGGGAGAAUCACCUGAGCCCAGGAAGUCGAGGCUGCAGUGAGCUGUGAUUGCACCACUGCACUCCAACCUGGAUGACAGGAGUGGGACGCUGUCUCAAAAAAAAAAAAGAAGAAAAACAUCAAGUUCUUUGGGAAAGGCUGGGAGGUAAUAAAGAGAGGUUAAUGGGUACAGAUAUACAGUUAGAUAAAGAAAGAAGUUGUAGUGUUUGAUAGCACAGUACGUUGACUGUAGUUAGCAAUUUAUUGUGUAUUUCAAAAUAGCUGGAAGAGAAGAUUUUUAAUGUUCCCAACACAAAGUCAUAUUUUGAAUAUGACUCUUGGAAAUAAUAUAUGUGAAAGUCUCUAGGCAGUGCAACACAUUGUUAGCUAAUUUGACUACAGCAUUUGGCCAGCGCCACUCCCAAGUCUAACUUACAUUACGUUUCAUCAUAUUUUUUAAUCAAUCGACAAACGAACAAUCUUCAAAUUUGCCUGUAUCUUUUAAGGGUCAGCAAAGAAGCUCUUCAGUGUUUAGGGUCAAGCCUCUUUUCCAGCUCUUUUUUCAUGGAAAAUAAGGCUUUGCCUUUGAGGUGAAGAGUAUCCUAAACACUCCGAUUUGUUAGGCACUGGGUGCAUGUAUCAAAUAUCACAUGUACUCUAUAAAUACAUAUAAUUAUUAUGUAUCAACUGUAAAAAAAGAAAGGACUAUUACUGCCCUUGCCCAUUACCCACAGACCUACCACCCACUCACUCUUUUAUUCACUGGCUUAUUCAUUCAUUAUUUCAUGUAUUUAUUCUUUGUCUCACUCAUUUGCUCACUCAUGCAAUCAACAAGCAGUCCCUGACAGGCACUGACUCUGCGCUGGACACAGUCUGAGCAGACAAAAACCCUGCUGGGAGCCAACAGGAGGAAGGUUUUGGAACCCUGGUCUCCAGGUGCCUGACCACCUGCAUUGGCCUUCUAGGCUGCCCACUGGGUCUCUAGUGUCAGAAAGGAGUGGCCAGAGGAUGAGAGACAGACCCAUUUCUUAGGCUGGGUCUCAUCAUUUUAGAAAAUAUUGAAUAGUCUGCAAGUGAUUUUAUCUCAAGCAUUCUCAAAACACUCAUUUCCAUCCUGCCCCUGCUCCCCAUGCUAAUAAAGGAAAAUUCUUUCAAUGAACCAUGCCAAGUGCUGACCAGAGCAAACAGAACCGCUCCUCUGGGGAAGCAGGCAACCCAACCACGCUGCGGGAGUUCAGGCUGAGAUCAUUUUUUCGAUUCCCCUUUGCUCGAAAAUGCCAUCCACAAUUUUCACCCUCCUUCCCAUUAUCCCAAGUCACAUAUCCUUCCAUCAUAACAAGUCACAUCUCCAGUGUGAGUGCCUCCCGUGUCACAGGCAGAGGAGAAGAUUACAGUGAAACUGCUCAGAGAGGUGCAAGCCCCAUAGAAAGCUGAAGAUCAGAGGAUGCCUGUUUCUCAGGCUCCUGAUACUCUUCAGAAGGUGUCUAAAUAGAUCAUCUCCUGAGUAGUCCCAAUAGCUUUGCUGUCUGAUGUGGUGUGGAGCUCCAGACAACCUGGUCUCCCUGAGAAUAUUUUUGGGCACCUGUGUAAUGGGAGGAGGAGAGAGCAAGGGUUGGGAAAUCUGACUUUGAAUCUCCGCUCUAUCAUUUACCAGCCGACUGAUCCAACCACCCCUUAACUUCCUGGAGCCUGAAUGUUCACACUUUGGGGUCCUUCUUAAAUCCAUUGGUUAAACAGGUUUAGCACCAAUAGGGACCUUACAUGAACUAGCAGGGCUGCAAUUCACCUGGGAUGCCCUGCACAGCUGUGCUGGUUGCUUACAGCUGGCUGAAGUCUAGUCUGACUGGCCUAGGCCCACACUAUGCUGGUUGCUAAAUAUUUUGAAUAUGACUCUUGGAAAUAAUAUAUGUGAAAGUCUCUAGGCAGUGCAACACAUUGUUAGCUAAUUCAACUACAGCAUUUGGCCAGUACCACUCCCAAGUCUAACUUAUAUUAUGUUUCACCAUUUAACUUAAAUUAUGUUUCAUAACUUUUUAAAUCAAGUGACAAAUGAACAAUCUUCAAAUUUGCCUCUAUCUCUUGAGGGUCAGCAAAGAAGCUCUUCAGUGUUUAGGGUCAAGCCUCUUUUCCAGCUCUUUUUUCAUGAAUGCUAGUAAUUUGGUUGCCCGAAGUUCCAGGGAGUGAACUUUAUCCAAGCUUCGGAGAGAGACUGAGAACUGCUCAUUCGUCUUGCAAAUGAAGAUGAUACUUGAAGAAUGUGACUUGACAAAAUGUGGUAGACUUCUAAAGAAUGUCAAGACAGAUACCCCUCAACUUGGAUUUGUGGGUUACUGUGACAUCUUAGGUGAAAUGGCAGACAUAUGUUUUUAGGAGCAUGCUAUAUAGUUCUUAACGGAAUUCUACAAAAUUUACUGUUUUGGGGAGAUGACAGAGAGAUGCAGUUAGACUGAGAGAAGGCCAUAGAACCCCUUUAUGCUCUUUAUAAUAGAAAAUGAAUGUACCAUUUUUUACUUGAGUCUUUGAAAAGACAGGUAUGAGUUGGUGUUUAACAUUAGACUAGGUUGUAGAUUGACAGGAGACCCAUCCCCAUACAUCAGAAAAAGAGGAGCAGAGAGGAAAAAAUACAUAAACAAAAAAUAAAAGACCUGAGACAUCCAUUUAUCCAUCCAUCCAUGCAUACUAGAAAUUCUGGGUUUCAGUUGUGUUUCUUAUUGAGUAAUGUUUUGGGUUCAUAGUCUUGGCUGGGUCCCUUAGCAUUUAGUGAAACAGCUGCUCACCUAGGAAGUAGGUAAUAUUUGUUUAUCUGUUAUCUGUAAAAUGAGGAACAAAAUAGUACCCAUUUCAUAGAGGUUUUAAGAAUUAAGUAAAUAUACAUAUGUGUCUAAAUAUAUAUAGUCAUAUAUCCAUAUGGCAUUAUAGAUGUGUGUGUGUCCUUUGAUAAUUAAAUUACAGCUAUGUAUGCUCUCUCCAGAAAAAUUCACAAACACAAGAAACUUAGCCUAAUAUUUUUAGAGAUUUUCCGAAGCCAUAGGCCUCCUUCUAAUUAUCCAAGUGAGGAAACACUUUCUAUACUGAAAUUCUUAUGAUGUUUUUCUCACUUAAAAGGAAACUGCAAGUCAAAUUCGAUUAUAGUCAGUAUUCUACACUAAAAAUUUCUUUGUGGUUGCCAUCCCCCUAAGGUUUUUAAGCUGGAUCAUGUCAAGAAUAUACCAAAUGAUAAGAAAUCUGAUACAAACAGGAGGUCUUGUCCUAUUAGAGGUCAUAGUAAUAGCAUUUUAUCUAUAAUAACAGAAAAUGCUCUACAUGGACAUAUAUUAAUCUAUUCCUAAGCUUAACUCCAUAUGAGGAAUCACUUUUUAUUCCUCAUUUGUGCAGGGUGGAGAGAGAUGUGCUUUUUUCUUUCAAUUUGUUUUUCCACAUCUAUUUAGAGCAGCCAAAAUAGGAAAACUGCUGCCCAGGUUCUAAAUUCACUUCCUCCACCAGCCUUCUGUAUUCUGCUCCAGGUCUGAUGACUAUAACUUUUUAAACAUGUCAUUUAUUUUUAUUUUUAUUUUAGUCUAAAUGUCUCUUCAAAAACACCAGGGAAAAACAUUUUUAGCUUCACUAAGAAAACAGACAUGUUUAAACAACACCCAAAAUGUUCAGGUAGAGUUGGUGUUUUGGCUUGUGUGUAUUUUAACGGUGAUCCUGGUAAAAUAUAUGUUAGAAACAGACUUUUUCUUCAUCUUAGGUGUGCCAGUUUCUUUGUGAAAUAAAAGAAAGAGGAGAAUUGAUCAUCACAACUUCUGUAUUAGAGCUAAACUUUUGGUGAUUGUGAAAGGUUAUUUCAAGUGAAACAAUGUGAGGUCUCUUUUUUCAGUUUUUAAUUACUAUUUAUAGACAGCCUGUGUAGAGCCAAUCAGUGGGAACGCAGAUUAUGGUGCAAGUGAAGAAAAAGAUGACCUCGAGGAGAAUGAAUGCCGAGUUGAGAUCCGUUAGUCCACCUUAACGUUUCUGCCUUCAUGACCUCAUUGAAUCCUUUAUAAUUUUCAGGUAGAAUUAAUCAUUUAGGUGGGAAUUCAUUGUUUACCAUUUUGAUGCCUCCUCCUGGGGCAGGAUUCUUCCCAAAGACUCAAGUGGGAAAAUAAUCAUACUCUGAUGAAAAAGCCAGAUCCAUCUCACCAGUUCCUCAGGGCCAAGCAGCCUCAGGGUGUUUAGUGUCUGCAUUGUUCUUGCUCAGUGGACAAUUGAGUGAGAAAUAAUACUCACGAGUGAGCAGACAGAAGCUGUGCAGCAAGUCAGUAAAUGAAUGAGAGAAUGUGACAAGUAAUUACCAGGUGAAGUGCUCUAUCCAUAUUUAGAAACUGUUCCUUGGGAUUGCAUUCAUUCACUGGGUUUUUAAACUAUUAAUACUUAAAACCAUGGUAAGCCCAACAUGCUCUGAAUUAUGGGAGUCAGAAUCAUCCUGUGCUUUAUGGGUCAUGAGCCCAAUUACAGGACAGAGUUGAGCUCUAACUCUGAUACAUAACAAAUGUAUUUGAUAUUCUAUCUAAUGUUUGUAUGUAUGUAUGUAUUGGAGAUAAGGUCUCACUUUGUUACCCAGGCUGGAGUGCAGUGUUGUGAUCACAUCUCACUACAGCCUCAAAACCCUGGACUCGACCCAUCCUCCUGCCUCAGCCUUUUGAGUAUCUGGGACUAUAGGCCUGUGCCAGUACACCCAGCUAAUUUUUUCUUUUAAUUUUUUGUAGAGACGGGACUCACUAUGUUGCCUAGGCUAGUCUCAAACUCCAAGGCUCAAGGAAUCCUCCAGCUUUGGCCUCCCAGAGUGCUGAAGUUAUAGGCAUGAGCAUAUGCCUGGCCAUAUUUAUUAUUGUUAUCUCUUAUAGUUUGAAGCAUAUUUACCAGAUGUGGACUAACUUUCUUUCAGAGUUUCAUUUUACCUGUCGCAUCACGUGGCUGUUUUGUGAGUGCACUUAACUAGACUCUAUUGUAACGAGACGUUAUCAAUCCGCUGGUUAUUGUCGGUACAUCCCUUCUCAUUUCAUGAUUAUAAGUGCUUUGCCCUUGCAAGCCUUCUAAAUGCUGCUGGCCCACCAGUUGCUAAGCAUUUUCUUUACAUGUUAUCUGAGUUUAUCAGGAUCUUCUAACCUCCCUCACUCCAGCAGUGAAUCAGGCUCAUUCACACCGUGCUAGCGGGAUUGCUGGGUAGACACACUAUGAGAUGUAUCAGCAGGCUGUUUAAAUCCUUUCAUUUCCUAAAAGGUUAAAAGGCCAGAUCUUAGACAUCAAGGUGUUUUUUUUGUUUUUUUUUUUUUCUUAAAUCCAUUAACCUGGCACAGGGACUGAAACUUGAAAAGUAUACUAUUAAACUCUGACCAUUGUCAAAUGAUGGACACAAAUCACACACGGCUUAUGAAUACUUAGGGUAAGCGUGGUUUUUAGACAUUUUAAAAGUUCACUUUGAAUUCAGAAUAGAUGCAAGCAUUAACUAUAACAGUAGGAAAGAUCUCAUAGAAGCUCAAUUUGUAGUAUUUUAUUUGUGUUAUUUCAAAAAUAAAUCAUUCCUUUUCUAAUCCACUCAAAAAUGUCUAUUUACUAAGAAUACUGAGGAAAACAUGGGCUUCUACCUGAUUCUAAGUUUCUGGAAGAAACAAUUGGUAUAACUCUCUACCAUUGUCCAGCCAACUGUUGACAGUCACCCAUGUGCGAUCUGCAGCUUGUGAGCCCAGGGACCGUCCAUGAAAAGCCUGGUUAUUUUCAUACCUGCUUUUCACAUUAUCAUUAGUACUUGUGUUUCCUUAUGUGCAAAUAGAAGCACGAGUGAAUGAAAGUUUUAAUGAGUGCAAAUGGCCCCAAAAUUUGAGUACAUAUAAAAAGAGAAGAUACAAGGAAAAUUUGCAGAAGGACAAUGAUACGGGAGAAGAACUCCAAAGUGGGGCCAACUUACUCGUCAUAUACCAGAAUAUGACGUGCAUCUCACAGUGUUAGCGGAGCACUUUCCCUGACCUGGGGCUGGGUCUUUCCCCCACAAGCACCAAAGAUGGAAGAAAGGAAGCAAAAGGUAAUGUAUCUGAGCUUUGGAAGGUUUAAGUCAAGGUCAUAUAAAACACUUCAAAGCAAAAGUGGGGCCCAGGUGUUCCUGUUGAGAGUUGCUCAUUGAACACUGACUAUGCACAAGGCACCAUUCCAAGCUCGUUGCUCUAUUAUUGUAGCCCAUUGAAAACCCAAGUUUCUAGAUGCUUCCUUGUCUUCUUGGUGUUGCUUAGUUCAAUGAUUUAUUAAUUCAUUAAUAUAAAAGCUCACACUUACCAUGUGCCAGUGUUUUAAGCAUGCUAUAUAUAGUAGCACAUUUUAUCCUCCCAGUAACCUGAUGAGGUAUGCACUGUCAUUAGCCCUGUUUUCUAGAUGAAAGAAACUGGGGCACAGAGGCAUUUAGCAGCUUGCCGAAGAUCAUGCAGUGGUAAGUGACUGGGCCAGGUUUAAACCCAUGUGCGUGCUGCCAGUGGCCGAGUCCGGCUUCCUUCCAUAUACUGGUCACUGAUUACAGUCAUAAUAUGGCUGUUGAUUACAUGAGUUUGGUUACUACAAUUACAAGGAAAAUAUUGAAAAAUGUGUAAAAGAACAUUAAAGAAUCAUCUCUAUCCUUUUCAAGAGAUAAGAAUUUUAAAUAGCAUUAGAAUGACUUCGAUGACGGCCACGGCACCUACCCCGUAAAGGGAAUGCAAAGCGGGAGAACUGUUCUGUCUGCAUUUACUUCCGAAAACAAGGCCCGGUUGUUUCUGACAGCGCCAAAGAAGCCCUACACGGAAUCGAUUAGGGAAUAAGUGCCACCAGGGAUGAUCAGGUUCCUACCUGUGCCUGGAGUGCUGGGAAGCCCGUGUUAGUGUCUCAGAAUCGAGGCUGGCGAUACUUCGGGAGAGUAAGCCAGAGCCUGGGAAUUAGGCCUGUUCGUUCGGUGCUGUUAGGCCAAUAAGCAGCUUUCAUCAAACACAGUUAAGACCCCAAGAUAGAGACCGAUGACCACUGAGUCUGUUAAAUCCUCCGGACUUGGGUUGUUGCUAUUUGGCUGUUGAGAGUGGCUCACCCCUUUGGAUUCCAGUUGGGAAAGCGCAAUGUCUCUAGAUCCCACCCUCAAGUUACUUUUUCUGGCAACAUGCAGACUGCCUAAAAAGCCCUGGCGUUGCAGGAGGACUUUAUACUUCACAGAAGAUGAGGGAAUCUUUGGAAAUUCAGGCUACAGAGGCCAGAUAUACCAACAAACAGAGCAGUCUGCAUUUCCCUCCAGUUGGAAACAGAUCAGAAGCUUUAGGCAUUAAAAAAUGCUAGCUGUAUAAACUUCUGGGUUUGAGCAUCUCGUAGAUGCCUGGCUAUGGAUGUCCACAUUGGAGACGAUAAGCCUGGUGCGACUCUCCGUGCAGACUCAUCAGUCCCUGUUAGAACUGCAGCCAGCAGAAAGUGACCUUGGAGACUGCGGACAUGUGUCCUCUAGGGCUUCAAUCCCCACCUCAGCAUUUGGCCUGAGCAGCCAGUUCCAGCAUUGACAGAUGGCAGCUGCUCGUGGUCCAAGGGGACUUAGGAGAUUUGUAGACAUGGAGGUCUUCUGUGUUGCCCAGGCUGGUCUCAAGCUCAUGGGCUCAAGUGCCACACACCAUCACACCUGGCCCCAGUCCUGUUUUUAAAGGUGCCCAGCAAAGGAAUUUUAAACCUCCUUUGUCAACCUUCACUUUGGCAAAAUGAUCCUUAGUACAUUGGCGAUGGAUGAAGCCGAGAGGUGUGGGCACCUUGACACAUCUCCAGUAAGCCCCUCUGCCUUCCGGCAGAACCAUCGCCCAUCCCAGCCAGAUGUCAACAAUUGUGUUUUUGUUGUUGUUGUUGUUGUUUAGAGAAAAGGCCUCACCCUGUUGUUGAGGCUGGAGUUCAGUGGCAUGAUCAUAGGUCACUGCAUUUACAAGCACAAGCUCAAGUGAUCCUCCCACCUCAGUCUCCCUAGUAGCUGGGAUUAGGGGUACACACCACCACGUCCAGCUAAUUCUUAAUUUUUUGUAGAUAUAAAGGUCUUUCUAUGUUGCCCAGGCUUGUCUGAAACUCUUGGGCUCAAGUGAUCCUCCUGCCUCGGCCUCUCCAAGCCCGGUGGUAAUAGGCAUGACCCAUUGCGCCUGGCUGCAGUCCUGUUGUUAAAUGCCUCCCGAGAAGGAACUCUAGAUCCCCCUUGUCAGCUUUCACUCUAGCAAAACGAUCCUUGGUAGCGAGGCUUUUCCUAUGACAAGAAGAGAAAUACGACUUAGAAAGAAAAGUUAUGUAUUUAAAAUGUCCUAAAAGGAUAGAUGGAUGGAUGAUGGACGUUGGAUGGAUAGAGAGAGGUAGAUAAAUGAAUAGAUGAUAUUCAUGAUAAAUGAAUAGAUAGAUGAAAGAGAAAGAGGGGUAGAUAGAUGAGUGAAGGAGGGAGAGAAAGAGAGGAAGUAGGUGACUGGAAGAAACAGCCAACCCCCUAGCAAUGAGACAUAUUUAUUAUAGAAUUAUACACCGAAGGAGGCCUCUUAAGACCCAUUCAACACAUAAGCUCCUUCCUUCAUGCUCCCAUCACCUUCCCCACAUCCUCUAUUCCAGCACCUUCUCAGGUUGCAACAUGAGAAUUUGUUAGCUGUUGGUCUCCCUGGCUGGAGUGUGAGCCCAUAGGCAGGGAUUACAUCUCAUUCUGCUGUGUAGUCUCAGCAUCUAGCCCAGCGCCUCACACCUGGUCAGUGCUCCAUGGAAGGAAGGACAGAAGGAAAGAAGGAAGGGAGGGAGGCACAUCAGUCAACCAAUAUGAUAAGAUGAUAAGACGAUAAUGUCCCUUGUCAAGAAUGCAUCAUUUGCUGCAAUCAUCAAUGAUUUACUAACCAAACUUAACCUAUGUGAUACCCCAUGUCCCCUCAGUAAGCUGGUACAGGCCAAGUCAGUACGGUGAUAGCAUCUGCCCACUGUUGGAGGGGUGUGUUCAUGCUCACUCCCAGUUAACACCGUUCUAAGGGAUACCAAUUCAUUAUUGUACUAUUUGUCUCUGAAAUAAUUUCCAAAAAAAUGUAUUUCACUAGGGUUCCUUGUUAAUAUGUCUACAUUUUCCAUGAUCUGAUCGUGGUAUUGUGUGGGCUUGGCCAGUGAGAGCUGGCACGGUCAACUGCAGGGUAUCCUCCCAGCCAGGGACAGUGGGGCUUCCGCAGGUAUCCUCGUUCCCCAGUCAGGAUCUGCGUGCAUUCUCCCUGCCCCGUCUGGCAUCCUGGAGCUCAUCUCCUCCGGCCUGACUCCCCUACCUUACAUCCCCCAGUUCAAAUCCUCUUGUCUUUCAAGCCCCUUUCCAAGGUUGAUCAAGUUUCUCCUCCACAGCAGGUCCUUCUCCUCACUCUGGGAGCUGCCUUGUCUUUCUCCUUGGCACUUCCUGGUGCCACUCUUCCUCCUGCUAAGCACCUCUCUCUGCGGCAUGGUACUGGGCAGUCUAUAAAUCCCUGAAUUCCCACCAGGCCCUCAGUGCCCCUCUGAGGAAGCCAGCCAGCAGCUCUUCCUUGUACGGAGGGCCAGGCUUUGUGUCCUGGGGACCUGCAACCCUGGCCAUAACUGCUAUAGGAUUAAGGACUCUUGUUUAAUAAAAUUACAGUGGACUUGCUUCAAGGCAGACGACACAGCUUUAAAGCGAUCCGGCAGGAGAACUCUGCCCAUUUGGGGCAUGUGAUUUUCUACAGUAAGUGUCUGGCUCAAUGAGACCCUCCCUGGGAGUGAACUCUGUCCUUAACAUUGUCAUAUAGCUUGUUAUUCGGACGUCCCCUCAGGCUUAGAGCUUUCUUUUCCCCCUUCUCUAGAUCCUAAGGUCCUUGAGGACAGUCUUGCUCAAUCUGUUUUUGUCUCCUAUUAGUAUCUGGGCCCUUCACAGUCAGUAAAUGUUUGUUGCACAGGUGAAUGUAAAACACCUCAGCCCAAGGCCUUCACUCCCAGGGAACCAAUUUCUGUAUGACUCCUUUUCCGGUUGUGCAGCUUAUAGCCUGAGAGGUUUGGGAUAGGAGAGGUCUCUCCGGGGGUUCCUGAUCAGUGUGGACGAGGCUGCUGAGCAGGGUAUGGAAGCAGAAGCAGCCCUUGGCGGGGGAUGUGGUUGGAGGGAUAAACACAGAAGACGCCUACGGCUCCCCAGGCCAGGGAGGUCUGCAGCUAGGGCCUGGAAGAUGGAGACAGGGCAGUCCGAGAGCAACGAAGACAGAGCCAGAGCCAUGAAAAGCGACAGCAGCAAUUCCAGAGAGAGGGACAGAGACCAACAGUCACACCCAAUGAUAUUCACCCAAACCAAGACACUUCCUCCCAUGCUCGUCAGCCCUGAGCUCCUGGUUCCUCCCUUGGGUUGUGAAUUCCUCCUGAGCAGUGCUGGUGUUUAUUCUGGUGGUAUCCCCAGAGCCUUGCAAGGCACCACACGGGGCUGGCACAUGCUAGGCGCCCAGUAAUGGUUUCGAACUGGAAUUGAAUUAAUGGAAAAAUUCUUCUAUUAAUUGAGUUGAGGAUUUCACAGUCUCUCUUGAAAUUCUACCUACAAGGCUACCAAGGUGUCCAUCACCUUGAACACUCAGUUCACACCUGCAGUCUAACUGUGCUUUCUCGCCACGGCUUAAGUCCAUUUCUUCUCCAGUGGUUUUAAAUGCAUGGAAUGAUUUUUUUCAGCCAUUUGGGAAGAAGGAAUGCUGUGUAUAAAGCCUGGAUUCAAUAAAACCAGAUUUUUAAAAAACAGCUCUUAGCAUCUUCUACUACAGACACUGGUCUGGGCAGGGCUUUUGAUUUUAUUGAAUCCAGCUGAAGAGCUUGACUACAUUAAUAAUGGGCUUCAUUUCCAACCACUGCCUCCCAGUCUUUCCUCCUAAAAGCCUCAUGGUACUUAAGCAACUGCUAACACAGGAAUAAUUGUCAGCGGCAUCACUUCCUGCCACGAUGUGACCGCCAGGAUGAGGUUUUCUUCUUGUACCUAAUCUGGAGUUCUCAGGCGCACCACGUGUGGGGCUGCUGGAUCAUAUUUAAAAUUUGCAAGCAAAUCUAAUGGCAGCUGUGAUUUGAGUUGUAUGGGGUUUAUGGUGAGAAAGUAGGAUUUGGGAAGAUUCUCUUGGAUAUGUAGUAAUGUUUUUCUCGAGCCAGGCUACCUCGAGAUGGCCCACAGGUUCAAAUCUGUUAUUUCUACAGAGCGUGGAAGGGUGGUACCAUAUCACAGGGUCCCGAGGGCAGACUGGAAGAUUGUACUCCAUACAUUUCAAAGAAAAUUCUAUUUAUUUAGCUCCAAUACCACCAUACUUCUUUUUGAAGUUUCCCUGGAAGAGGACAACUCACCAUCAGUUUCCUUUACACUGGACUUGAGUGAUGAUGGAUUUAGUACACAUAACUGUGACAAGGCGUCCAUGUGGAAGAUAAGCUACUCUUUGCUUCAGUGGAAAAGGCCAUAUAAAAGCACAUAUCUCUUCACGGGAAUAGAGCACAGCCACUAAGAGCACAGACUCUGAAGCCAGAUUGCCUGAGUUUGAGUCCAGUUUAGCCACUAUGUGACUUCGGACAACUCCCCUCCUACACUUUGCUCUCCCCAUAUGUGAAGUGGGGACAGUAGUGCCAGCUUCGCUGGGUCAGUGUGAAGCUGAAGAUGAAUGGAUACUUGUUAAGUGCUUAGAUCAAUGCUUGUACAUAGUGCUAUACAAAUGACUCUUAUUGUGGGUUUUUUUUUCAUUUUGUUGAAUAUCUAAUACAUUAUUCCUCUCCAUAUAACAUCCUACUAGGAUAAAAAGUAACGUUUCUCUUUCAGGCAACAUGCCAUCAAAUUUCACAGAGGGCCGAAAGUUUAGCAAGACCUUGCCUAUUACACCUUUUUGGCAGUGAUAAAAUAGUAUUUCUUACGUUCUGUAGGUUGCUUCAUCUGUUGCUGCAGGUUUUCUUCUUGUACCUAGUCUGGAGUGAAACAGGUGAUACCCCUCCCAAAAGAACUUGCAAUCAAACGAGAAGUGAUAUAUUAGGCAACGAUACAAAACUGAAGAGCAGAUAUGAUGAACUACUGGAGAAGAUUAGAGGUGUAGACAUAGUGGCAGCUCGAAUGGUUGGAUGAGGAAGGAAGGAGGUUUUCAGGUGGGAUGAGCUGAGCUGGAAGAAUGCGUUAAGAUUUGGCUAAUGAAGGUAAGAGUGCUCCCAGAAGGUGAAUAUAUGGAGAGUGGUAAGGAAGGGUGGCAAGGCAUGGUGACUCAUACCUGUAAUCCCAGCACUUUGGGAGGUCACGGUGGACCAAUGGCUUGAACCCAGGAGUUCAAGACCAGCCUGGGCAACAUAGCCAGAUGCCAUCUCUACUGAAGUUAGCUGAACAUAGGGGCACACACCUAUAGCCCCAGAUACUAUAGGAGGCUGAGGCAAGAGGAUCAUUGGAGCCUGGGAAUUCAAGGCUGCAGUGAACUCGGAUUGCCUCUGCCCUGCAGCCUAAGUGACGGAGCAAAACUGUCUCAAUUCAAAAGAAGGCAGGAAGGCGGGAAGGAGGGAAGGAGGGAAGGAAGGAGAGAAGGAGGGAUGGAGGGAAGGAAGGAGGGAGGAACAGAGGGAGGAAAGAAAGGAAGAAAGGAGAAAAGGAAGGAAGGGAGAGUUUUGGGGGUUGUUAGGGUGAAGGCAUGGAAACGAAGGCUCUGGUAGACACCCCCCUUUGGAGGGGCAGUGAGGAUGCUGCCCUGGGGGUAACCAAGGGUAAAUUGUGCGAGGAACAUAGAUGGUACUAGAAAACAAGAUGACAGCGGCUGGAUUACGAAGGUCUUCACAAAGCAGGCAAAUGAGUUCAUAUUUGGUUUAAUAGAAAAUAGGAAGUGAGAAAGAGGUAAGAAACAUGAUCUAGAAUGCUGGCCAGCUGUGUCACCCGUGUGCCUUCCUGCAACAGUAGUGUCCCCGAGCUGGGCCUGACACCAUUCUUUGGUGAUGGAGGAAUAAAGCCCAGUUGAAGAAACAAAAACAUGUUCAUGCAUGGGAGUUACAAGACAAACCACAGCCGAGUCCAGGAAUGUGUUUCUGAUUGAGCAAUGAAGACGUGUUGGUGGGAUUUUGGUUGGGGUGGGUAUGGGUGUCAUCGCUGCCUCACAAGGUCUCCAUUUCUACUGGCUCAGAAAAAGAACUUCGAGCAGUUUUUUGUUUAUAUGGGUCAUCAUUGUCUUCCAUUUUUGUGGGGUUUUCUCGGAGCUUCUUGAUGGUCUGCUAAUACUAAAAUAAAUGUAUUAGGCCUUUUGCGUGUCUCUUCUUUGCUGUCACUGGGUGAUGGCCUUUGCUUCCUCUAACGGACAUGUUCCAGGUUUGAGUGCGGAGUGGGCAGUCCCUGGCUGCUCAUAUCUGACAUUGUUCUCUCCCUGUGUAGCGAAGGGAAAUCAACAGCACGUGGGAGGGGGAAUCUGCGUUCUAAGAACUGCUUUGGUUUACACAUCUAUAGAUAACACUCAACCAGCACUGCAGGUCACAUGGACCGGCUGGUGAGCCUGAGGAUGAGUCACUUUUAAAUUACUCAUAGAGAAAGAAACAUGUUUCUGAAAGCCAGAGUGGUUGGCUUCCACAUGGAGGUGAGAGAGAAAGCAGGCGGCGUCAUAAAGCGCGCAGAUCUCCCGUGACAGCUGAUGUCGUGUGUAGUGCGUCAGGUGGGAAGAUGGGGCCUCCGUCCUGAACAGUGUUUCUGGAGGUGAGGCUCUCUGCUGAUGGGAACCCCUGUGCUGGGGGUUGGGGGUGUUUAGGAAUACAUUUCCAUCUAGCUAGUCUUUCUCUUACAGUCCCAGUAGCUAGAUGGAAAUACACUUCUCUUACGAUCUCACUUUGUAAAUGGCCCUAGGACCCUUGAUUCACUUUCAGUAACACAGUCUAGUGGUGAACACCAAGCCGCCUGAGCCUGAAAUAUGGAGAAGUAUGUCAGUCCAACAGAAGGUCAGGUGGGGAGGGGCGGGGAGCUUUCGGAAAGCCUUGGAGUACAAGGGCCUCAGCUGCGCCUUGAAGGUCUCCAUUCAUUGCAAAGGAGAAGGAAUUCUGUCCCAAGAGAGAUGGAAAGAUCAUCUGAGCAAAAAGAAAGCAUCAGGGACAGAGGCUGCAACUUCAUUUCAUUGGUUGAGUCUAAAUUUUUUUCACAGGAAAAAAUAUACAGAAGACAAGAGAACAAUCACCAAGGGAGCCCAAGGCACUGCUUACUAAAUUGGUCCAAGGGGGGAUUUCACCAAAUGCAAAUGAACAAAGAACAAUAUAUGUGACUCAAAAUAUCCGUUAUGCUCUUAAUACUUACGAGAGGGCGUGAGGCAGGGAGGUGACCUUUUCAAGGCUUGAAAGCUGUCAACUUUUCAACCACAUUGUUUUGAUUGCUGGGAGAUUGAAGACAGGAUCACCUCAGGGUACCAUUGUGGAAAAGUGUUUUUUAAAAAAACUAAAAACUCCUUCCUGCAUAAUAUUUUGGGACAUUUAAAAUUUUGUUUUUGCCUUGAAGACAAAACAAUUCAGGUGUCUGGGACAUACUGCAACCUUUUAUGAGAAAUGAAUACCCAGAAGUCUGGAGCUGCCAGGUACCCACUCCGCGGAUCUUCCACCUCUGGUCCCUCUGUGGCAGAAGGGAUGGUGAGGAGUUUAGGACCCCUGGAGCAGGGGUACCCUUACCCCCACCCCAAAGGAAGCGAUGUGGCCACGUUUUUCUCCCAGCCCCACUCCCCCGUCCCUUUGACAGGUCCCUAGACCAACAGAGUGCCCAAAUGGAGACAUCUUCCCCCCCUCCUGAAUGUGCCACCAUGGGGCAGACAUUCCCUGAAGGGCUCCUCUGAAAUCUGGGAAACAGGAAAUGCUAAGAAAAUCUCUAAUUUGCUGGUCAUGUGAACUCUCAGUGUUGCAACAGAAUUUUGGAAGAGGGGACUCUGCCCUGUGGUUGAGCCUUCCUAGUCAGAGAGCAUUUGCUCCUAUGAGAAUAAUGGUGGAUUUGACUAUUCGGCCUCAACUUCCCUCUUUCUAAACGUGUAAACUCCACUGCCUAAAGAACAAAACUAGAAAAGAAACCCACUUGGUCUUAGUUGCAUAUCUAAGUGCUGCUGAGAGGGGCCCAUGUGUCUGUCCCUAAAAAGCCCCUUUGGCAUUCCAUAACAGGACCCAACCCGUAGACCUGUCUGUGCAGGCUCACGCACCAUCUUUGAAACCUUUACUACCUGUAUUUGUAGCAGAUGAUUAAUGAUUGGGCUUUCUUCCCACACAUUUGGCUCUGAUAAUCUCCACUCAGAAACAUUCAGAUGCAAAUAAUUUAAAAACAAAGUGGCUCCAAGGGCUCUUUCUGGGAGGAUGGAAAUACUGCACAUCUUGAUAGGGGAGUGAGUUCCAGGGCUGGGUGCCUUUGUCAAUAUUCAUAAAACUGUACAUAUGAUAUAUUCAUUUUGUUGUAUGUCAAUGACAAUGAAAACUCUUAAGAUAAUAAAGCGGGCUGAGUUUGGAAACCAGAAAAAGUGGACACGAUGUAAACGGCCCCACUUAAACCGAUUCACUUUGGCCAGCAGAAACUAAGAGAUGCAUCUGCCUGGGCAGUCCCCACGUGCGGGAAAAUCUUUGCAAGGUGAGCAGAUUCAGCUCCCCUCAUACAGACUGCAGCUGAUUCUGCACAUUCAUCUGUAUUUUGUAGGAGUUUUUGGUGUCUUUGUGUCCAUUUCUGUUUGGCUCAUUUCCCUAUUCAAUCGGAUUUUGACUUCUAUUUCCUGCAUACAACGCCCCCACAAUACCUAAUAUCCCAAGCCUGUAAAAAGCGAAUGCCUAAUAAAUGUCCACUCACUCACUGAGAUGGAGUGCUUCCCCUCUCUCUGGAACAUUCUAUCAAAAUUAGCCAGUGCAUUUGGCCUUAAGUGCAUUUGUAAAAAUGGAAAGUAAAAGGAGGCACGUUCUUACUUGUACUGAUUUUAAGAAAAUUCCCAGUUAUCUCUGCUUCUAAAAAAUCCGUUCAGAACUUUUACUUUGGAAAAAUUGCUUUUGCCUAACAGGAAAAAUAAAACAGGGACUCCAGACGCAGGGACACCCGUGGGCUCGCGAGAAAACAGAGUGAAUGUAGAUGCCCUAAUGGAGGCAAAGGUGCCCUUCCUCUCUCUCUCUUUCCCCCUUUUCGACGCAAAUCAGAAGAGCGAGUGUGGAAAUUCCUGCAGGUUGCUCUGUGUGGGUUUGCACGUUUGUAGAUGGAGUUUCCUGCUUUUUCUCACUCAUCAGUCUUUUUGUCACCAUCUCAUCUUGAAACUAGAGAGGAAGGGAAUGGAAGGGCAAAUUGCUAAUAUCAGAGGCUUCUGGAAAUUCCCCUUUUAUGGUACAUGAGUCUUUAAGAAUAGUUCUCUUUCAGUUGUGUUUUUGUGAUUUCGGUGACACUCAGGGUGCCCAGCCCUGCCUCUCGUUAGACCCCGGUGUCCUUCAGCAGCUCUCUAGGGCCUGGGCUGGAGGCAGUGGGAUGGUGGGGAACAGGAAUUGCACUGCUUUGGAAAAACAGCCCAAUAGAGAUCCUUUUUAAAAAGCAGAUCACCUGAGCAGAAAUCUAUACUCACAUGAUUUCAAACAAUUCACUUAUCUAGCAUCUCUUAUAAACGGAUAAAUCUCGCAUGAAUUAAUGACUCACCAGUGCGUCAACGGUGGGCAGACAGGCAGUGCUAUCAAUUUCUAUUGGCAUUUUGUGUGUCGUUAUAUAUUCAGUUCCAGUAAGAGCCUGGCUUCAUUGAAGGUUAAAGGAAGAAGCUUUUUACCCCACAUGGUUUCAGGCGAUACUUUACUGAAGAUGACUUAGACCUUGGCUUCUGGGGCUGGAACAGGCUUGCAUCCACUGCGUAGACAGGGCCAGCACAGCUUCGAGGGGGGUCUCUGGAGGAAGGGGCCCCAGGAAGGAGGCAGGUCUUUCUCCUCACUGGCUGGCAGGCUGCCUGGGGGUCUUGGAGGGGCAAGUGCAACUGACAGCUGGUGUGGAGGAGAACAUGUGACAGCCAGUCCCAAGGCCAGGCUAUGAGGGACUAUGCUAAUUAGUGAAGUCCCUGCUAGGGCCUGGUCACUUGGCCACCUGACAAAGAGCAUCUGGUUAUUUCUGCCUUGGCAGAAGGAGAAGGUGCAUGAAUAUUACUCAUGAAUACACCUCAAGGUACCACUAGGUUAGACAGCAAAGUACCUUCUCCAUCCACUCCCCUAUUCCUCUCUCCCGAAACGCCCUUUCAGUCUGCCCCUCCAGGUUUGGAAACCAAGAGGCUCUUCCUGUGUGGGGGUGGGGUGGCCCUAAGGAGAGUGGUGCCCCCCUGAGCCUCUGGGCUACAGCCUGUGACCCUCCUCACUCAAAUGAAUCCCUGGGUUCCAGGCCAGGUGAGUGUAGACGAACUUGGAGCUUUUCUUAUGAAAUGUCUUGAGUUUCUUUUUCCUGCUACGCUGAACUCUGUAUAUGUUUGUUCUUGUUCUAAUUUUGGCUUAAGAAAAAAAAAAGAAAGAAAAGAAAAGAAAAAGAAUGUUUGGGUACAGUGUAAAAGUUUUCUCAGAUCCAGAUUGGAAACUCCCUCAUCACUCUGAAACCAGACAGGUGCUGAGCGGUAUUUGUUUCUCUGUCAAUAAACAGCAUGUCCUUGGCCUAGACAUAAACUCCCGUGGUAGCAGGGGUGCACGUGGGCCUAUUUGAGUGUUUGGGAAGGACUGCGAGGCCCUGAAUUAGGAGGAAGGCCUGCUUCUUGCCCCUUCUUUUUUGAUCUUCUGAUAGAGACUACAUAGUGUUCUCUUCAUGGUAUUUUGAUGGCAUAUGGUGUAUAAACACAGGUGUGGUCUUUACACGGCGCACUGCCUUACAAUUAUAAUAAGUGAGAGGAGAUAAAGCCAGCUGGAGUUUAAGGUUAACGCUGAAAACAGCGAAUGCUAAUUUUCACUGAAAACAAUGUCACAGAGCAAGGCGUAGGUGCCCCUUUUCAACUGCCACGUGCCUGGUUCUGGGAACAGCCCCAGGUGAAGGGUUUCCAUGAAAUAAGCCCCCUCCUGAGGUACAGAAAUACUUAAUGACACAUCCUCUAGGGACCCCCUUUGGGACCACCCUCCUGGGUGGCCUAUCCCAAAACCUUGUUUGGAUGGGAAGGGAGCAUUCGGUGACUUUACUUGCAACAGGGUACCAUGAUGUCUGGUCCUGUUUUCGGUGCUGACAGGCAGUUCACUUCUCUGGGACUUGGUGUCCUUGGUUUUAAAAUAAGGGACUUUGACUGUAUUCCUUCAGUUUCUUGCCUUCUGGUUUUUUAGACAAAGGCUCAGCUGGGAAGCCUAGCCCCAGACGCAUACUUAAUUCCUUGGGAAAAAAAAUAUUUGUCAGACCCACAAUUAACUUAAUUGUUUAUUUGUGCAAAGGCUUUCUUGUUUAGCCCCAGGACGUGCUGUGGAAAUUUGAAAGAGAGUGGCCUCAGAUUCAUGUUCACAUGAGCAUCUGCGGUGGCUACUCACCAGCCAGCUCCUGGGAGAGAAAAUGGGAGAAGAAAAUGAGGGCAGAAAACGGAGAGCAAACUCUCCAGGGUUUACGUCCCCGCCCGUGAGCCGCCUCCUGGGCAAGCGCUUCUACCUGGAUCCCUGGCUGCCCGGGAAAUGGGGGAAGUGGGUGUGGAGUCCCCUUGACUGUUAUGAAGUCCGUGGGGUUGCAGUUACUGAGCAGAGCAAGAGGCAGCUCCCCGUCCCCCCACAUCUGGACUUGGGAGGAGAUUCCUUGACUUCUGAAAGGAGCUUCUGUUUCUGUUUAUGUAAACAUCAGGUGGACAGGGGAGGCCGACGCCAGCGUGGGACACUCUGGCAGUGCUCAGAUGAGGGCGAGAUUGGAGGGGCCAGUACAGGUGCUGGGCAUUUGGGUGGCACCUCACAAUCAUCUAAGGCAGUGGUUCUCCAUGGGGGUGACUUGGCCUCCCCGGGGACAUUUGGCAAGGUCUGGAGCUGGAGAUAUUUCUGGUGGUCACACUAGACCAGGGUUUCCACUGGCAUGUUGUGGGCAGAGGCCAGAGAAGCCGCUAAGCAUCCUGAGUGCACAGGGCAGCCCGCCCUCCCCCAACCACGAAUAUCUGACCCAAAAUGUCAGUGGAUCUAAGUUCUAAAGCCUACUAAUAGUUUGUAAGUUGAAAACACUAGACUGACACAAACGGGAAAAGUUAUUUGCAGUUUAUUCUCCUAAGGGACAAUGGACUACCACUCCCUUCCCUGCUAUUGCCAGGUGAGACUUUUGUGUUAGCUCUUGCUCUCUUCUCUCUGACUGCCCCCCGCCCCCGCCGCCACCAAUGCCCUCCAAGCCUGUGUUUUGUGUUUUGUUUUUUUUUUUAAUUUUGCUUUUCAGCAAGCCUCAAGCAUAUAAACUGGGACACUGAGGGCUAAAAUGGUCUUUGGUCUCUCUUGAGAAAUUCUCUCAAGCAAGAAAAAGAACAAGAGUCCCAAGAACACCACGUGCCCCUCAUCUUGGUCACACCAAUGGUCCACAGUGGCCUGGGGAGGCAGGAGGGUCCUGGGAGACCGAGGAUGCGCCUGUGACCUCUGAGGAGAACCUGAGUGACGGCCCCAGGAAGGGAGAGGGUGUGCCAAGCAUUCGGGAAAGAAAGGAGGAGAGGGUUCAAGGUGACCCUGAGCUUGGGACAAGAUCUGCAGGGUCUGCGAUUGGCAGAGUGGCUGGCAUCUGGCCAAGGAGCCCUCCUCUCUUUCCCCUCCACCACCUGCUCCUGGUCGUUGCAUUGCCCAUUCUUCCCAGCCUCUUCUCACCAGCUUGCCCUUCCAUCCAUCUCAGCCAACAGCCCUACUCUUCCCUCCCAUGCCAACUGGGGGCAGCAGAGAGCAGCAGAAUAGCCUAAGCCAAUAACCCCAGGCUCUUCGCCAUACCUCCCCCUCACUCCUGGGUCCCUGUGGCCUCCAUCUCAGCAGCUGGAUCCUCUCAGACCCUCCUUUCCCCACCAAGCUCACCCCCCCACUAAGGGUCCUCCCCACUCAAUGCACAGCACGUCCUACACCCACCCAACAUCAAUCACGUCAUCUCAUUACUCAUCUGAUACUGUUGGCUUGCAGAACAGUUUCUCACCUUUUCAAAUGAGGAUUUGUUGCCUCCUCAAGUGGACUGUCCCAGGGCCACACCUGCUGUAGCCCUGCUGUCCUGAGCCUUUCCCAGAAUCUCAUGUCCAGCUCAGUUUUGUUGAUUGACUGGGGACGAAGGACGCUGCCAUUUGCUACCUGUGCCCACUCAGUGCCAACCUCCACCGGAUAUUUGCCACCAUGAGCCUGUGUCGGUCUCACCCAGCCUUUGUGGUUGAUGCUGUAGCAUUCUCUUAUUUUUAUAGAAAAAUAAACUCAGAGAUAUUAGAUAUCUUGGCCAAGGUGAAGCUGUGAAGACUUGAGAACAUAACUGAACAUUCUAGUCCCCUCACCCCCCAGGGUGUUGCCAUCCCAGUGCCAGAAGGUCCAGAGGUUCUUUUGAGAUGUGUAAUGAAUCCAUCUUCCUUGAGCAUGACACAAGCUUUAUGGACGUCUUUAAAUAGUUUUCAUUUCCAUGUGUUUAUUCAUUCAUUCUGCAAACAUGUACAGCUUUUACAGGGCGCCAGGCACUAUCAGAACUAGGAAAACAGAGGUGAAGAAAAUGUAGCCAGCGCCCCCAAGGAGGGGAGAGACAGGUGGCAGUGACUUCACUGGAGAGCCUCAAGGGGGCAGAAUAACAGCGUGAUGGGGAGGUGGGGACUUGGAGAAAGGCUUCACAGAGGAGGUAGUAUUUGAGCUGAGUUUGGAGAGGUGUGCAAAAGGCAGAGCAGCAUCCCAGCCUGAGGACACAUGUGAGCUGGGAUCUGCAGAGGAACGAGGCUGCAGCUGAUGCUCCCGGUAAUCAUGUGGAGUUCAAGGCAAGCGGUGGGUGUGGGGAGAGGGGAGGCUGGAGGCAUGAGUCAGGGCCAGCUCACCCUGGAGAUAACAGGAGCCACUCUGGGCAUUUGGAUAAGAGAGAGGGACACAACUGCCUAGCAGACCCCCUGGGAAUACUCCAGAGGGAAGCUGAAGGGGCAAGAUGAGAAAGAUCAGUUUGGAGCUUCUUGACGCUGUCUAGGUAAGCCAUGCAGUGGGGUAAACAGAGUGGGACUGGAAAGGAGAGACAUCCUAAGAGACUUCUGUAAGGUGGGGGUGACAGUAAUGGUGUGUCCAUUGGAGGAGAAGAGGGAGGAGUUGAGGGUCUCUCUGGUUCUUCUGCUAGGACGUCGGUUGAGGGCAGUUGAGGGCAGUCAAGGGGACUGAUUGGACCCUCAGAGGCAGAUUUGGCAGAGGCUUCAUCAGCACUGUGUUGGAUUUGAUGGACCUCAUGGCUAUGCAGAUCUGUUUGGUUGCAAACUAGGGUUUGAGGCUCAUAAGAGAGUCAAGAGUCAUCAGACUAAAGGCCCCACAAUACGAUUAUAGCUGAAUCUUUUCUAUACCGUUAAGGCUUCAUGAACCUCCCCAACAGCCACAUUCUGGCCUGUCCUUCCCAGUCAUUAUUGUCUUCUAGAAGCCUGCUUUGUCCUAUUUCAGCUGCCCUCCUCUGGACCCACCACUGGCUUUUUUGAGUAGCCAGGUCUGUGUAGAGAAUUCUGGAUGGAGGAUUCUAGGUGGGGACCUCAGAGCUUAGUACUACGUCCAGUGUUCUUGCUGUUGGGUAGGAAAUCCUGCCUUGAUGAGUCUCCGUAUUUGGCUGGCCGCUCUGCCCUGAUGUUUUCAAGAAAUCACUUCAGCUAACUCUAGAACUCUACUUCCAGGCCCAUAGCUGAUGGUACACAGGUAUUGAGUUUAGUUUGAAUUUUUUUCUUCAAGAACUUACCUUGACUAAUGAUGUUAGAAAAUAAGAUCCUAAAAUUAAAAAUUACAGACUCUGAAAAAAAGAGCUUUACUGGCUUCAAAGGUUUUACACAACUCUUUUCACAUAUGCAUUUCCUGUAAGCGCCUUGUAAAUAAAGAAGGUACCUGGGAAAGGAAAAUUGCGAUCUCUGCCAGUUCAAUGAAAACAUGAACGAGGAAUGAGAGGGAGUCGUGAGUGAAUCCCAGUCCCUGUGCUGCCAGACGCUUCACAGAAGUCAUUUCAUCCUCCUGGCCACCCCACAACUACGGCCUUUUAUUUAUCAGUUUUAUGAAUUCACAAAUUUAAGUCAGAGAGGUUAAAUAACUCAUCUAACAUGAGUUAGAUUUAAGCACUGCAGAGAAGGAGAGGAGAACCGAUAUCUUGUUCAACUCACUGACGCAGCUAGUAAUUUGCAGAGUUGAGUUUCAGGCUCGGAUCUGUCUGAUUCUGACGUUUGUGCUCUUUCUUCUCCAUUGCUGCAAGCAUGGGCGAGAUGAGAGCAUUCUGGGGAGGGUGAAAAGUGAGAGGCAGAGGCAAAGCCUGAGUCAAAUCGUUUCUCAGAUGAGAGAGAGGAGGCAGGCAGUGGAUAUUUGUGCAAGCAAGUUGGAUGCCGUGAGAAAUCUGAGCCGAAGUUAUGUGGGUCUACUUCCCUCUUGCAGUUUCUGCUGAAGGAGCCAUUCUCAGAUAGGUGGAAAAUGCAAAUACUGAAGAAAUGGUGAAGCAUUAUCACUGGAUCGGUCCAGCAUCCUGCUGUCAUGGGUGGUGUGCAAUUUCACCCAACCCAAGUCAUUACAUCUUCCAGGAGAAAUGGAGCCUGUAGUAGGCAACUGAGGACAGGCACAUAGGAGUCAUUGCUUUGCCUCCUGGGAAUGCUUGGCCCUUUCUUUUUCAGUAGCAAGAAGAUUUAGGAGCAGCACUCUACAUGUAUGUUGGUUGUUUGGCUUUGUACACAAAUGUUAGAAAAUUAUGGAUUUGGUCAUUGUUAUGUCUGUUUGCCCUCACUGGACUUGACUUAGGAAUUGUUCUUUAAAGUGUCAGGCAUUUUAGAAUAAGUUUGGGGAAGGUAUUUACAAAUUACUUAAAAACUUUCAUUUUACAACUUUCUUAAAAGAGAGAUGUUUUUAAAAUUUCAAAUACCUAGAAUUGGGCAAACGAGGUGUUGUCAAGUAGUGUCUCUGCGGAGCAAAUAAUGACCACAUCAAAACCCCAGCCCCAAGGAGGCAGGCUCUGAUUCUGCUCCCAGAGCAGCACGUUGGUGUGGUGUCAAAUGCAUGUUUCUAAAGAACUCAAACAUUGUUUUCUCUUAGUGAGAUAAACAAACUCCGUGAUGUCUAUUCAUGACCCGUUGUUAGUGAGUCUCUUGGAAGUCAUACAAAGCAGUAAGAACACGAAGAUGUUUGCAGGUUGCCUUUGAGUAAAGCCCCUCUGUUUUGAUUGAAGUCUCAGAUCCCCAACUUCACCCCCUACUUGCAGUUCUGAGACUAUUUCUCUGAUUGUCAUCCAAAACUGUCCUGCCAACUGCUAUAGAUUAAAUAUGUAGGGAGCAGCUACUAUUUGCUUUUUCCCUUCUGUGAAGGAGCCUGGCCAUGACAAUUAGCCAAUGAGCUCAUUUAACUCUGUUUUCUAGCUCAUUUAUCCAAGGGCUCAGUGCACCACUGAAAACCUUCAUCUAACAGAAAUCCAGUGUUUGGGGGGCGUUUGGUUUCAACUUGCUUUUGUUUGAACAUUUAUAUUUACAAUAGUGCUAAUCUCUAAGGGACUCACAUCACAUUAAGAGCUUUAUCUUAGGCUGCCAAGGAAACUAGCAUGUACCCGCAUGACUGAGAACUAUGAGAAACUGGGUUGGGCCUACAGAAAUUUAAUAAGCUCCGAUUUUCAUUUCAAUUAUCUUUUCCAUGAGAUUUUGUUUUGAAACCCACAAAGUCAGGCCAAGCCAUUAGCAUUCCCUAUGUACACAUUUUUCCUCCCUCUCCAGCCUGUGCUGUCCCCUCCCCUCACCCCCAGCCCCUAAUCUGUCCUCACGCCUCUUACUGGAGUAAACUGGCCCUUCUCUGAACCCUCAUAACCACCCGUUCUGCCACCAGGACAUUCUUGCUUAUAUGGCUUGCUCCAGACCUCAUAGAGGAAGAGGAAUGGUUGCAUCUCUGUCUUGAAUCCACCCCAGGGUUUAGGUCAUGCCAGUUAUGUUACAGAUGCCCAGUAAUUUCUGCUGGGUUCAGAUGUUAGUCAGUUACCGGGUAGAUUGGUGUUGGGGGAGGUAGCCCGGCCAUAGGCAAAAAAGUAGCUUAGGGUCACCGCAGUCAGUGUGGAGAAGGGAAGUUUGGGGGGAAAUCUGGACAGAUGAAUUUGACCCAUCUAUGAGGCUAAUUUAUAGAAAAA